CCCAAAUGGAAGUGAGGAGAAGAUGCACAUGGAGCAUAUUCCAAUCUAUAGAGUACACGGGGGAGCAGGACCAAAUCAAAGUAAUGUGCUCUUCUGUAGGACACAAUACAUAAGCUAUACAUAGAACUGCAGCAAACUAUUACCAUAAUGUCUCGAGUCCUUUUGCACUUUCUCUUGUUUCAGUGUUAAACCAUUUUCGAGCAAUCUAACACUGAACGAGGGUCCCUGCCCACAGCCCAGUCCCAAUGGCCAAAACAGAAAUUACAUACUUCCUUCUAGUCAUACUAAUUUAUACCAGCAAUGGGCAUAGUGAUAGGCUGAAAAAGGUCAGCUGACACUCUCAGCCAAUCAGAGCCACUCAUUGUUGAUCAAGAUAAUGCUACCUCGUUAGCCCAAGCAGCACAGAGGAGAUGGGCUUCGGGGGAUUCUUGUUCAUCAUUAAAACAUUAAAAACAUUAAAUGAUGAAAGUAAGGAUGGUUCCAAUGAACUACAGACAUUAUAACCACUUCAAUGAGUUGAAGCAGCUGCAGUGCCUACUGUGUCUCUUUAUGAAGCUGCCAUUGUCAUAGAAUACCAAAAGUAUAAUUUUUUUUUUUUUUGUAAAUAAAGCUUUUAUUAGCAGUUCAAACAAUAACAGAUAGCAGAGCUUAUAUCGUCAGUGAGACUCGCAGGUCUCCAAUUGCGUCUGACACAGGUACCGCCAACUCUAGAUGAACCUUUAUAAAACGUUAUCGGAAGCGGAUGACCGCUGGCCCACAUCAGUGAGGGCCGUACAAUUCUAUAGCUGAACCUCAAUCAAAUGGUGAGUGGUGCGGUAGGUCCCAGGUCACGUCCUCGUACAUGGGGAGUGAGAAAGGGGUCGGUUUGCGGGAUCAGGUCCUAUAGUCGUGCACCUGGUCUGGGGCUCCCUUUCCUGUUGUCUUUUCCUUAACUUUGGUGGUGCCUAGAUAUGUUGCGGGUUCUCUCCUGGGUCAGCUACCCUCUCUCCCCGGGUCUGCGUCCCCUCCCCCGCCGCGAGGCGGGCCAUCAUGGCGGGGGGGGGGGGAGCGCCCAGCGGCCUGGCCAGCUGUCUCUGUCGCAUUGCUUACUUGUGGUCGGUCAUCGUUAUCAUGCUUCAGUCGCUGUCCACGUGUGGUAUCUAUGGUGUGUCUGGAGUGUUUCCCCCUUCGGAUGGGGAUGGUGUGAUGUCUCAGUGCUCAGUUGUAUCAGUCAUCCAGAGUUGGCUUGUGUUUGCUGUUUAUUGUGGGAGUUCCCACGUCAUGGGAGAAUACCAAAAGUAUAAUUGCCAAUCCUACUAAAGCACAAGCUCAAAAAUAAAAGUUUAAUAUAAUAAAAUAAAUAAUAUAAUACAGUAUAGAAGAGGUGGCAAAGUCUAGAAGCCAGUGACAGAUCUGGGUGGAAGUAUCCAGGCAAUUUCCACCCUGCAAUGAUUGAGUUGUAACUAGGUACCAUGUUUUCCUUCUGUUUGUGAUCUGGCCUGAGCUAUAAUAUGCAAAGGAUCAAUCUCUACUUCCCCUGCCAGAACUGACCAAUUGUAAAUUAUAGGGAUGUUCACUUAGAAGCACCUGGAGAAAUGAUAUUUUAAGUCCACUGCCCCUUCAGCAGGUCCUCAAACAUUUUUGUGUGACAAAGCUGGGCUGUGUAAGCAUACAAACAUGAGCAAUUUCCAACUGUGAGUGGAACAGAACCACCAGAGUAAAGUACAUAACAGAAGAAAGAAAGAGGUAAAGCUGAGGGAGAAAAAGAUAUGUAUGGAGGUACAGGAGAGAGAGAUAGGGAUAAAGAGAGGCAGAUUGAGUUGGGGUGGUGUAGAUGAAUAGAUCUGGGAGCAGGGAGCUUGUAUGAGAAGGAUUGGGCUGGGGAGAAAGAGUGAGACAGAUGAAAGAGACUUAGGGCUGUGGAGAGAAAGAAUCAGCACUCGGGAGAGAGGGAGACAGAGAGAUGGGGCUUGGUAAGAAGAUUCAGACAAAGAAAUGGCGUUCAGGGUAGAGAGAGAAAAGGAUUAGAGAUGAGAAGAAGCAAAGAGAGAGUGAUAGAAUGGAGACAGAUACAUGGAUGGAGAGGGAGAUAUGGAGAUUAGAAGGAUAGGUAGAGAGGUGGGGUUGUUUUGCAGGUUCAGUCACAGUGCUGUAAGUGUGGACUCCAGCACCUACUGGAUUCACACUAAUGUUCAAUGUGUAUUGCAGAAACAAAUGACAAUAAAAAUCUGUGUAUGAGUAUCACUUAGCUACACUGCUAUUAAACAAUCAUAUGUGGGGCGCUGGCGGUUCAGACCCUGAAGUUUCUCUGUUAUAAAUGUGUUUACAAUCCUGAAUGCAAUGGCAUUUCGCAACAUGAUUACACCGACACUACAAGUUUCUUACAUAGAAACAUAGAAUGUGACGGCAGAUAAGAACCAUUCGGCCCAUCUAGUCUGCCCAAUUUUCUAAAUACUUUCAUUAGUCCCUAGUCUUAUCUUAUAGUUAGGAUAGCCUUAUGCCUAUCCCACGCAUGCUUAAACUCCUUUACUGUGUUAACCUCUACCACUUCAGCUGGAAGGCUAUUCCAUGCAUCCACUACCCUCUCAGUAAAGUAAUACUUCCUGAUAUUAUUUUUAAACCUUUGUCCCUCUAAUUUAAGACUAUGUCCUCUUGUUGUAGUAGUUUUUCUUCUUUUAAAUAUAGUCUCCUCCUUUACUGUGUUGAUUCCCUUUAUAUAUUUAAAUGUUUCUAUCAUAUCCCCCCUGUCUCGUCUUUCCUCCAAGCUAUACAUGUUAAGAUCCUUUAACCUUUCCUGGUAAGUUUUAUCCCGCAAUCCAUGAACCAGUUUAGUAGCCCUUCUCUGAACCCUCUCUAAGGUAUCAAUAUCCUUCUGAAGAUACGGUCUCCAGUACUGUGUACAAUACUCCAAGUGAGGUCUCACCAGUGUUCUGUACAAUGGCAUGAGCACUUCCCUCUUUCUACUGCUAAUACCUCUCCCUAUACAACCAAGCAUUCUGCUAGCAUUUCCUGCUGCUCUAUUACAUUGUCUGCCUACCUUUAAGUCAUCAGAAAUAAUCACCCCUAAAUCCCUUUCCUCAUAUGUUGAGGUUAGGACUCUAUCAAAUAUUCUGUACUCUGCCCUUGGGUUUUUACGUCCAAGAUGCAUUAUCUUGCACUUAUCCACAUUAAAUGUCAGUUGCCACAAUUCUGACCAUUUUUCUAGUUUACCUAAAUCAUUUGUCAUUUGGCUUAUCCCUCCUGGAACAUCAACCCUGUUACAUAUCUUAGUAUCAUCAGCAAAAAGACAUACCUUACCAUCAAGACCUUCUGCAAUAUCACUAAUAAAAAUAUUAAAGAGAAUGGGUCCAAGUACAGAUCCCUGAGGUACCCCACUGGUGACAAGUCCAAGCUUCGAAUAUAUUCCAUUAACUACAACCCUCUGUUGCCUGUCACUCAGCCACUGCCUUACCCAUUCAACAAUAUUUGAAUCCAAACUUAAAGAUUGCAGUUUAUUGAUAAGCCUUCUAUGUGCAACAGUGUCAAAAGCCUUACUGAAAUCUAGGUAAGCAAUGUCUACUGCACCACCCUGAUCUAUAAUUUUAGUUACCCAAUCAAAAAAAUCAAUAAGAUUAGUUUGGCAUGAUCUCCCUGAAGUAAACCCAUGUUGUCUCUGAUCUUGAAAUCCAUGUGUUUUUAGAUGUUCAACAAUCCUAUCCUUUAACAUGGUUUCCAUCACUUUCCCCACUACUGAAGUAAGGCUUACUGGCCUAUAGUUGCCCGACUCCUCCCUAUUACCUUUCUUGUAAAUGGGCACAACAUUCGCUAACUUCCAAUCUUCUGGGACUACUCCUGUUAACAAUGAUUGGUUAAAUAAAUCUGUUAAUGGUUUUGCUAGUACACCACUAAGCUCUUUUAAUAGCUUUGGGUGUAUUCCAUCAGGUCCCAUUGACUUAUUUGUCUUUACUUUUGACAGUUGAAAUAGAACCUCUUCCUCUGUAAACUCACGUGUAAUAAAUGACUAAUUUAUCCUUUUUCUCAACUGAGGUCCCUUUCCUUCAUUUUCAUCUGUAAAUACAGAACAAAAAUAUUCAUUGAGGCAGUCAGCUAGACCUUUAUCCUCUUCUACAUACCUUCCUUCUUUUGUUUUUAAUCUAACUAAUCCUUGUUUUACUUUUCUUUUCUCAUUUAUGUAUCUAAAAAUGUUUUAUCCCCCUUUUUUACUGACUGUGCUAUUUUCUCUUCUGUGUGUGAUUUGGAAGCUCUUAUAACUUGCUUAGCCUCUUUCUGCUUAAUCUUAUAGAUCAUUUUGUCUUCCUCACUCUGGGUUUUUUUAUAAUUCCUAAAUGCUAACUUUUUGUUUUUAACUAUUUUGGCCACAUCUGCGGAGUACCACAGUGGUUUCUUGAAUUUUUUGCUUUUACUGACAAGCCUAAUGCAAUUUUCUGUUGCCUUCAAUAGUGCAACUUUUAAAUAAUCCCAUUUUUCUUGGACUCCAUUUAAAUUGCUCCAGUCUGAUAAUGACUCCUCUACCCAUAUUCUAAUUUUAGAAAAGUCUGUUUUUCUAAAGUCUAAAACUUUUGUUUUUGUGUGGUGUGACUCAGUCACUGUUCUUAUAUUAAACCACACUGACUGAUGAUCACUGGAUCCUAAACUUUCACCUACAGUAACAUCUGAUACCAAAUCUCCAUUUGUUAACACUAAAUCUAGUAUGGCCUCUUUACGAGUUGGCUCCUCAACAACUUGUUUUAGAGACAAUCCCAGUAGGGAGUUUAGAAUAUGUGUGCUCCUGGCACAAGUAGCUAAUUUUGUUUUCCAAUUUACAUCAGGAAGAUUAAAGUCACCCAUGAUGAUAACUUCCCCUUCAUUGUCAUUUUAGCUAUUUCCUCAACUAGUAGAUUAUCUAACUCUUCAAUUUGUCCUGGGGGCCUAUAAAUCACACCUACACGAGUUACUGUGUGAUUACCAAAUUCUAACGUAGCCCAAACGGACUCUAUGUUUGCCUCACUAACUUUUAUUAGGCUAGAUUUUAUGCUAUCCUUCACAUACAAGGCCACCCCUCCCCCUUUCUUGCCUUCCCUAUCUUUCCUAUAUAAAGAGUACCCUGGUAUUGCUAUGUCCCAGUCAUUUUUCUCAUUGUACCAUGUCUCAGUAACAGCGACUAAAUCUACACUAUCAGUUGCCAUUAUUGCCACAAGUUCAUGGAUCUUAUUCCCUAAACUGCGAGCAUUUGUAGACAUGACUCUAAGCUUAUCAUUUUUUAACACACUUGCUACAGGCACUUUCUGUCCUUCUUUUGGGGGACAAUUGGAUUGAUGUUUUAUCACCCUUUUGCCCCCCUCCUAGUUUAAAUACAUCCUAGCAAAACCUCUGAACUGCUCACUGAGAACAUUUGUUCCCUUUUGAGAAAGAUGCAAACCAUCUUUUUUGUACAGCUUAUCUUCAUUCCAAACAGAACUACCAUGAGAAAUAAAGCCAAAUCCUUGCUCCCGACACCAUUCACCAAGCAACAAAUUAAAGUCCCUAAUACGCAUCCGCCUGUCGUUCUGAGUGUUAUGCACAGGCAGAACUUCAGAGAAUGACAAUGUGGAAGCAACCUGCCGUAUAUCAUUGGCAAAAACACUAAAAACUUCCUUAACCUCUGAAACCUCAUUGCAAGCCAAGUCAUUUGUCCCUAGAUGGACAAGUACAUCCAAUUCCCCUUCCUGCUUUGCUUGCUUAACAAUAUUACAGAUACGUCUCCUGUCUCUGUGAGCAGUAGCUCCGGGAAGACACCUCACAAGACCACCAUUGUCCAUCUCCACACCUCUUAUAAUGGAAUCCCCCAACAACAACUGCUUUCUAUUAGGCCUCACCAUAGCCUCAGUGCCUCUCUCCACAACACCACUAGCCUCAGUGCCUCUCUCCACAACACCACUAGCCUCAGUGCCUCUGUCCACAACACCAUUACACUCUGAAAGUGCAGAAAAUGAAUUAUGAAGAGCAACAGACUGUGCAAAAUGCCUUUUAUCCACAACUCUAAGUCUACCAUAUCACUAAUUUAUAUUAGGAUCCCCACAUCCAAAUAAUCAACUUAAAAAUUACAUUCAUGUUACUGUACAUGUUACUUUUAAAAGCUCUGAUUUUGCAUGUUAAGUAGCGCAAUAUUUGUUGAAAUGUAUACUCCAGCACUUGUUGUUGUUGUUUGAUAUUAGAGUGCUAUAUAGCUCAAAGUGCAUUUAAGAUCUUGUUCUGGAGAAUUCCAGAGAAGAAAAAGCCCUAUAAAUGCUGGAUAUUAUCACAUAUACUAUUAUGAGGCCCCUUAAAUUCCCACUCAAUAGUCCAAGGAAGCAUAGAAAUUCCCCCCUUGUGCAUGUCCCAUGGACCCUCCAGACAUGAGUGAAGUGCAACUUUUAAGGCCUGACUAGUAGCAUAGGAUUUUACAUUUUAAGGACUCCGUUUUUUUACUUUAUUAUAUUACAAGAGCCUUGACCUUCCCUGCCAGGUUUUUAGGUAAGUAUUUGACCCACUGUCCUCUUGUCACCCUGAAAUUUAUAUCACGAACAACCUGUUGUCUAGGAAGCACCACAAUGAUCUUCUCGUCCUAGCACUUAGCAGUUUGCUUACAAAUAAGCCUCAUUAAUUCCUGGUUGACCCAGAUUUUCAGGUAUGAUUCAGAGGCUUUUAAUCUUGUCAACAUUCUCUCUGUGAAAACAUGCUCUGCUAAAUUAUCUGGUGGUACUGCCCAGAAUUUCUAUGGGAAAACAUUGUCUGCUAAUAGAGCCACUUGUAGAUAACAGUAUGACUGGUCACAGCUAUAUGUAAGGGAUGCCAAUAUGUAAUCACAGUUAAGAUGGUACACACUAAUUUCUACAGAUAGUAAACAGAUUACAGUACUAAGGAGCAGGUGUAUUUUUGUGUGUAGAGUUAGUGUUUCUUUUUAAUUUUAUCAUUUUAAUACACGGAUGUGUUUGUAUGGAAUGUUAGCAUUUGCAUGCAGAGGUGAAUUUGGAUGUAGUGCUUGAUUUUAAAUGUGGAUGUACAUUUGUGCUAGUAUUGGUUUUUCAGUGUUUGUAUAUAAUUUUGGUGUUAGAGUUCAGAGGUGUCCUUUUAUGUAAUGUUUGUGUUUGCAGGAGUGUGUGUUGUGUUGGUGUUUGAUUGCUGGGAUGUCUGUACAUGUCAUGUCACACACAUACUUAAUAACAAACAGAAACACACACUAAAAAAAAAAAGAUACACACCUGCACUUGACACACAGAUACACAAACUGGAAAAUACAGAUACACACCAGCACAUACUCAACUUGACACACUAGCACACACACAGACAUACACACACUGACAGAUACACACAUUGGUACACAUAUACACACUGUGUGUCAAGGUGUGUGUAUCUGUGUGUGUGUAUGGAUUUGUGGGUUAAGGACUUAAGGAGUGUGGAUCUGUGUGUCAGUGUGUGUAUCUGUGUGCCUGUGUGUAUCUACCAGUGUGUAAAUCUGUGUGUGUGCCAGUGUGUAUCUGAGUGUCAAGUUGUGAAUAUCUGUGUGUAUGCGCCGGUGUGUUUCUGUGUUUGUAUGUGUCAGUGUGUGUAUCUGUGUGUGUGUAUGUAUCUGACACACAGAUAUACACACAGGCACAUAGUAGCACACAGAUACACACACUGACAGAAACAUUGACACACAUACACACACUGACACAUACACACACUGACACACAGAUACACACUAGCACAUACACACACAGACACAGAUACACACACAUAUGUUUAAAUUUGCUGUUCACUUACCUUUUUGUUCUGCAGGAGGGUCUUCAGUGCUGCUGGCUCACUUCCUCCCAGCAUCCCAUACAACAGGGAUGCGGUCGCGCUAUUAGAUGGCCAUGGCGCCUGACCGGACCCCUCAUCGGGUGGCCCUAAAUGCUUGGGCCACCCGGUUGGCAAAUGUUCACGGAACACUAGUUGGGAAAUGCUGGUGUAGAGACACAUUGAUUGCAUCCAUAGAUUAGAAGCAAUUGGUGAGUUCAGCAUAUCCAUAGAUAAGUGUCAUUGUGAAACUACUUGUUUGUUUACAACAUAGAUUUAUGUAUACAUUUCUUUAUUGUGUUUAUUCUACUGGAUCAUAGUCCAGGUAUUUACUAAACUUUUUUCUUUUCUUUUUUUUUAUAUUGCUAUCCUAAGCAUUUAAAAAACAAACAAAAAAUAAUAAAACAUAAAAAUAAUAGUAUUUAGAUACAAGCAGCAAACAAUGGACACCAGACAAAACAGAAUGUGUUUCAGAUUAAAUCAGAGUGGAUAAGGAAGAACUCUGCAGUUAUUCUACCCAGAGUGGGGCCUGCUAUAGAGGCUGGUAUGCCUUCUUUAUGUGAGAUAUGCCCACUUCCAGGGAGUACGUGGGUAUACAGAGAGAAGUAUAUAUAAUAAAACACAAAGCAAAUAACACGAGUCUGCAUGUAAACUUAUAUUUACAUGAUAAAAUAAAAUACAUGAUUUCUGCUUGUUUUAUCAAUCAAAAGGCAACAGGGAUAAAUAACUGUCAUCUUGAUGCAUAUAGAAAUGUUGUGCAAAAUGAGCUUAUUACAGUUAAAGACAAAUUCUGAUUUCCCUUAAGGAUUCUAUCCCAGUGAGUAUUCCGUUAGCCAGGGAUUAAAUGCAUCCAUUUAUUUUAAACCAAAAAUUACUUUAUGGAAAGAGUAUUUAAUGUAAUACAUUUUCAAGCAAAUAAAGUUACAGCACAAAGGUUGUAUAUUUUUAAGAAUAAAACAAUUUAACUUUUCUAUUUUUUUUUUUCAUCUUCACAGCUUUAUGAUUUUUUCAACUUUCUCAUGGACCAUUUCACCUCCGACAACAGUAAGGAGAGUAAGUCACUCUUUAUUUGAAAGAUGUCAAUGGAACAUGAGAUGAUAUAAAUAUAUCUUUAUUUUAACAUCUAUAUUUUGCUAUAGAAAAAAAUCAAAUAAAUCUUACACAAACAAUAGAAAUUGUGGACAGUUUUCCUCAAAUUUCUCUAGGUUUAAUGUGCGUAAAGUAGUAUGGAAUGAAAUAAAAUGGAUAGUAUAGCAAAAUGUAGAAUAAUCAAGGCUCAAAACUUCACCUAGAUUGAAAAUUUAUCUCUGGAGAGUAAAAAUUGACUCUUUGAUGGUAUGCAAUGGCGAACAGUGGCGAGUAGAUUUCAGGGCCUGGCUAGUAGCAUAUCACUACAAAUUAUUAGCCCUGGACCAUAGUUAAAGUGGUUGAGAAACAUAACAAAGAGAACAUGACAAAGUGGUUGAGGAACAUGACAAAGUUGCCUCGGCGUCCAAAUUCCCCGGAACUCAAUUCUAUUGAGCUGGAACAAGAAAUGUAAUCGAUGAAGUUACCCACCUUGCAACUUGCAUGACUUAAAGGGUCUGCUGUUCAUGUCUUGGUGCCAGAUACCACAGGACAUGUUCAGAGGUACUGUGGAGUCCAUGCCUUGACACAUCAGAGCUGUUUUGGCAACACAGGGGAAUCAGACCUACACAAUAUAAGGCAGGAGGUAUUAAUGUUGUGGCUAGGUCUGUACAAGUCAUUUCAAUCCUAAAUGGCAGAGAAUUGAGCAGCAACGUAGAAGGGGCAUGAUGCAUACACCAAACUAUAUAAAGUAACUUUGAACAAUGACCUAAAACAAAGCCACACUCUUUGGCUUUUAUAAUUUUGUGAUAUUGUUAAUGUUGCUCUUUUAAGGCAUUUAAGUCAUUGCCCUUUUAAUUUAUUAUUGGUUGUGCUCUUAUAUUAGCUGUUCUGUUAGGAAGCACUACAGUAUUUUACUUUUGAGUUUUAUUUUAAGAAUAAUAUUCUGUGAAUUUGUAUUAUUGGUUGUGCCCUUAUAUUAACAAUUUACCCGCACUUCUCGUUAAGAACAUGUUUGUCUAUUUCCAUUUUUGUAAGGAGAUUUCAUCUGUCGCAUGUUCUCUGAUGAGGACAAUAUCAAAGAUACUGAACUGGAAAAAUAUUGUGAAUAUGAAUCAAUUGAAGUGCCAGAGGUGUACACAGGUCCUCAUAUCACCUUCCCCCUGAAGCCUACACAUGCAGCAGCCUUAGUGGAAGCCUUUAAACAGAAACAAGUAAGUAUUAUAUCACAUGAUAAAGUACUCAUUCACGUGAGUCUUGGUUAAGUGCAGAGGCUUCAGAAAAGCAUUGGGCUUAAGCUCAAACCAAAACACUACCCUAUACUAACAAAAACAGGGGUGGGAGCCGGGGGGGGGGGGGCAAUAGGUCCCCCCUUUAAUUUAAAAGCCCCCACUCGCGCGUCAUAGGUGGGAGCUCAGGAGGGGGGACCUUUUUUUUUUUUUUUUUAACAGUGAGCAGUAACAUAUUAAUUAUUGGAGAUUUUAAUUACCCAGACAUAAAUUGGGAUAGAGGGACUAGUACUUCAGCAAGGGGAAUCAGGUUUUUGAAUGACACCUUUAUGUUACAAAUGGUACAAGCACCAACUAGAAAGGAUGCUUGUCUGGAUCUCGUCAUAACAAACAAUGUUGAUCUUUUAACCAACAACAGCAUUUGGGAAAUAGUGAUCACAAUAUGGUAAAUUUUGAAAUAAACUCAAAAAAGCAAAAGCAAGUGGGGUAUACUAAAACAUAUAAUUUAAAAAAAGCCAAUUUCAAUAAGAUUAGGGAAGCUCUACAACAUAUCGACUGGCAUAAACUCCUUAGUGAUAAAAACACUGAGGAUAAAUGGAAACUAUUCAAACAAAUAUUAGAAAGGUACAUUUCUCAGUAUGUACCAUUGCGUAAUAGAUAUAAAAGAAACAAAUUAAAACCAAUGUGGCUUAGUAGAGAAGUAAAACAAGAGAUUACAAAUAAAAAAAGGGCAUUUAAAGCAUUUAAAUCAGUCAAAUCAAAGGCAUCCUAUUUAAGAUAUAAGGAAGCCAAUAACGCUUGCAAAAAGGCAAUUAAAGUGGCUAAACUAGAAAAUGAGACAUUAAUAGCUAAAGAAUGCAAAACCAAACCCCAAAAUGUUUUCAAGUACAUCAAUUCUAACAAAAAAAAUGAAAGUGUAGGUACACUAGAAACAGAGUUGGGUUUAUUAGCUAAUGAAGACCAGGAAAAAGCAGAAAUUUUAAAUAACUAUUUUUCUUCAGUAUAUAUUAAUGAGGAUCCUAUGGCAAGAGAUAUGCAAAUGAUUGCUGCAAAAAACUUGCAAAUAACUUGUGAUUGGACAACUCGAGACAAGGUGCUACAGCUACUAAAGAAAAUGAAUGUAAAUAAAACUCCGGGACCUGACUGUAUUCACCCACGGAUACUUAAGGAGCUAAGUGGGGAAAUAAGUGAACCUCUGUAUUUAAUUUUUCAAGAUUAUUUUGUUUCAGGUGUUGUACUGGAGGAUUGGAGGAAGGCAGAUGUUGUUCCUAUAUUUAAAAAGGGUUCAAAAUCCUUGCCUGGAAAUUAUAGACCUGUGAGCUUAACUUCUGUAACUGGGAAAAUAUUUGAAGGGCUAUUAAGGGAUAAUAUUCAGGAAUUCAUUGGGAAGAACUUUGUUAUUAGCAUGGUUUUAUGAAACAUAGGUCAUGUCAAACUAUCCUAAUUGCAUUCUACGAAGAAGUAAGUAGAAGUAUAGAUCAGGGUGUUGCAGUGGAUGUGAUCUACUUGGAUUUUGCCAAGGUAUUUGACACGGUUCCUCACAAUAGGUUAGUCUUCAAACUAAAAGAAAUUGGUCUAGAUGAAUAUUCUUGUUCUUGGGUAGAACAUUGGCUUAAGGAUAGAGUACAACGAGUUGUAAUUAAUGGUAAAUUUUCAGGCUGGACAAAAGUGGUAAGUGGUGUCUCUCAGGGUUCUGUUUUGGGACCACUUCUAUUUCACAUAUUUAUAAAUGAUCUUGAAAUAGGCAUUGAAAGCCAUGUAUCAGUGUUUGCAGAUGACACAAAACUUUGUAAAGUAAUAAAAUGUGAGCAGGAUAUUGCUUUGCUGCAGAGGAAUUUGGAUAGAUUGGGGGACUGGGCACUAAAAUGGCAAAUGAAAUUUAACGUAGAGAAAUGCAAAGUUAUGCACUUUGGUGUUAAGAAUGCACAAGCAACUUACACACUAAAUGGUAGUGAAUUAGGGAUAACCACACAUGAGAAGGAUUUGGGAAUUGUUAUAGACAACAAAUUAGGCAGCAAUAUGCAAUGUCAAUCUGCAGUUGCUAAGGCCAGUAAGGUUUUGUCAUGUAUAAAUAGGGGCAUAAAUUCUCGGGAUGAAAAUAUAAUUUUGCCUCUUAUAAAUCGCUGGUAAGACCACACCUUGAAUAUGCUGUGCAAUUUUGGGCGCCUGUUCUAAAGAAAGAUAUCAUGGCACUAGAAAAAGUCCAGAGAAGAGCUACAAAAUUGAUAAAAGGAAUGGAGCAUUUUAGUUAUGAAGAAAGGUUAAAAAAUUAAAUCUGUUUAGUUUGGAAAAACGGCGCCUGAGAGGGGAUAUGAUAACUUUAUACAAAUAUAUUCGGGGCCAGUACAAACCUUUAUCUGGAAAUCUAUUCAUAAACAGGGCUAUACAUAGGACACAAGGUCACACAUUUAGGCUGGAAGAAAGGAGAUUUCAUCUAAGGCAAGGAAAGGUUUUUUUUUACAGUAAGAGCAAUAAGGAAUUCUCUGCCUGAAGAGGUGGUUUUGUCAGAGUCACUACAGAUGUUUAAACUGCAAUUGGAUAAAUACUUACAAAAACAUAACAUACAGGGAUAUAAUUUCGAAUUAGUGGGGUAAUAGCUGCUUGAUCCAAGGAGACAUCUGACUGCUAUUUUGGGGUCAAGAAGGAAUUUUUUCCUAGUUUGUGGAAAAAUUGGAAGCGCUUCAGACUAGGUUUUUUGCCUUCUUUUGGAUCAACAGCAACAACAUAUGUGAGGAAGGCUGAACUUGAUGGACGCAAGUCUCUUUUCAGCUAUGUAUCUAUGUAACUAUAUUUAAUAGACAUGCCCCUACUCGCGAUAUAGCGAGUAGGGGCAUAAUUUACUAAUACUAAGUAAUCUGACUGGCUUAGUAACUUACAUUUUAUAUGAAUGUAUGUUACUUGAUUGUUGUGUUGCAAAUGCUUACAGCUGAAUCCUGGCUAUGUUCGUAUACUUUUUAUUUAAAAUUGUAUACAGUGUAACAUUCUUCAUUCUUCCACUGGGUAAGUAUAUUAGUUCUUAGGCAAUACAGUGCUUCGGCACUUCGACACUUGGGAACUUCGGCAACUUCGGAAAUUCGGCAAUUCAUCUAUUCGGACAUUCGGAAGUACCUGAAUGUCCGAAUUGCCCGAAAUUCCUCUGAAUUCACAUCGGACCGAAACGAAUUGCACAUGUCUAAUAUUAUUUAUGUUGGUAUUGUGGCAGAAUUCACACAUGUAGCAAGUAGAUUCAUACAAAGCAUAAAUACUACACAGGCCAUUGCAAGUUGCUACAGCAGUCUUCAAAUAAUCCUUGUAAUCUUACAAAAGUAGCUUUUCAUUAUGGAAGGUGGGGUGUUUCAUUGUCCUUCUCUGACUGGUAUAGUAGAGGCACAUUUUACAAGAGCAGCCAUGCAAUAUAGGAGAUGAGUUGAACCAUUUAUAGUCCUUCUGCAAAGAAUUUCUUUCUAGGCUAAAUUUUGUUUUUGAUAGCUAUAUGUUAGGAGAGGGCUGAUGUAUUACAAUUCUUUAUCUAAUUAAUAUAUAUUACAGUGAUUGCUUUUCAAUUACAAUUUUGUUUUUAAAAAUGAUCUAAAUCAUUUCAAAACAGUGAAAAAUAUUGCCUGUUCCAUUUAUAUUUAUUUUUUGUACUUUUGGUGAUUCAAAUUUUAUUAAAAUUUUUUUGGCAGCCUUCUCUUUAAUAAUAUUUCUUUAUGUGUACUUACCUAUUGAGAUCUGACAUUUAGCAGAACCAUACACUUUUAUAAUUCUCCCCUUGCACAAUUUUACAAUAUUUAUUAUGGUAAUUAAAAAUGUGUUGGAUUCCACCUUAUAUAGCUUUAGUAAAGUAACAUAAGUUGUGAUGUUUAAAUUCAAAUUUAUAGAUGAUAUUCUGAGCCCAUGAUGGCCAGUCGCUGUGGAAAGCACUGUUUUGUCCUACGAAAACACCCAUUCUCUUAGUAAAUAACCUAUGUUGUAUCAUGGUGGUGCUUUAUCCUCUGACUCUGCCACUGUUUCUCCUAGUAGCAGCUCCACUCUCGCUAUGUCCUACAUCUUCUUCAUGAGACAAAGAAACAUCUAAAACAGCUACCAAACAUAAAGCGUGUAUCCACCAGUUACAGCAAAGAGAUCACCAUCUGUGGUAAGGACGUGUUUCUGGCUGCCAUUAGAUUCUUUUUGCAGUGACUCUUAACGUUAUUGUCAGGGAUCCAAAUUACUGAGAUGGCAUUCACUUGGUAACCCCCUUUUCCAGUUAUUGAAUUAGCUCAGUGAACCAUUCUUCCACUGUGAUACAAUUGCCUAUGAUUGCCAUUCUGGUUCUAUUGUUUGCAAUCCAAAGGAUCCCGUUUUUGUGUUUGGCUGAUACAGCCAUUGUUUCAUUUUACAUGCAAUUUUCUCAGGUUUAGUAAACAGACAAAGUGUGCCAAGACAACCUGUCUAAUAGUCCAUUUAUAUACAGUAUUGGCGUUUGUCCAUGUGGUUAGAAAUCUCGGCAAACUUGCUUUAUGUUUGCUAAAUGCUUGUUUAGUAAUUUAACUGACUUUAUCAGGAUUUUAAGGUACUUAAAGGAACAACGGAACACUACAGUGUUAGGACUUCAAACAUGUAUUCCUAAUACUAUAGUGCUAGACUACAUAUUUAAGUGACUGCCCCCCUCAAAAUGGAGUUAAAAAGUAUUUAUCUUGCUUUUUCUCCAUCGCCGUACUGGUCUUGUCGUAGCCCCGCCUCCACAGAAAAGCAUUGGAAGGCUAUUACGCGAAAAAGCGCCACGCUGCACUAAUCAGCAUCUCUCAUAGAGAUGCAUUGAAUCAAUGCAUCUCUAUGGGGAGCGUUCAUCAUGUCCAUGCAGAGGACAUGCUGAACGCCAGUGAUGCACAUUGUGCAGAACUGACAUAGGAAGCACAUAUAUUGGCCAUCUGAGUGACUGAUAUAUAUAUAUAUAUAUAUAUAUAUAUAUACUCUGAAAAGACAGCGUUUAUAUUGCUGAGUCUGCAGAGACAUGCUAUAGAUAUCAGAACCACUACAUUAAGCGAUAUGACUAUAGUGUCCCUUGAAUACAAUUUCGUCUAAUUUAUGUUUUACUGCUAUGAAAAUACUGCUUUCUAAAUCCAGCUUAGGAAACACAUUACUUUAUUGAAUAAAUUAUAUACUUUGCUUCUUCUUUAAGGUGAUUUACAUGGUAGAUUGGAUGACCUGUUUCUGAUUUUUUACAAGGUAUGUGUUAUAUAUUUUGUAUUUUUUUUUUUAUUGACCCAUUAUUUGCAGUAAAAAGAGUAAGUCUUAGCUACCAUAGAACAAGCGGAAAAAUUAGGGAUUAUUCUAGUUUACAGUGAACGAAUAAUCUAAAUUUUAUUAAAGACAGGAGGCGAAUAUUUGCUUAUCUUUCUUUACUGAAACUCCCAGCAGCAAAGAAAUAGUUAAUAAAGUUGUAAGAAAUUCAACCAAUCAUAACACAACAUAGAGCAAUAUAGUGCCAGCAGACUCCUCCCACUUCCUCUUUCUUAGGUGGUGCCAAUCAGGAUAGUAGAAAUAACUUGUAAACUGGAAACAUUCUGCGGUUUAGUCCGUAGCAAGUCAACCAUGUAAACGGUUAGAUGAAGAGGGUAAUCCGAAGUUUUCAUACUAGAAGAGAAGAAAAGAGACUUUGUGAAAGUAUGGUCUCUUGAAGAAGAGAAAAGGUACAAAUACACAUUCUAAAACGAUAGUCCAGAGUAUCCUGACUGAUUUAAGCACAUAAUGGUACAAUAUGGAGCAGGUAUGCUAUGCCACCAGAUCAGUGUUAAUUGUAUGCCUACCAAACAAACUGUAAGGAAUGUACAAGUUUGCCCUCCCUGUUUAGUAAGUGUAUGCGUACAAAUCAAUUUGCAAGGGAGUGUAAAAUGCAAAAAUCUCAGAGUGAGAACUUACCUGUAGGGUGGGUUCCAGAGUGAACAAAGGGAGGGAAAAUAUUCGCCUCCUGUCUUUAAUAAAAUUUAGAUUAUUCGUUCACUGUAAACUAGAAUAAUCCCUAAUUUUAUGGCAAGACAGGAGGCUUCAUAUUUGCUGUUUUAACGCUCUUGAAUAAAGGAACAAGCCGCAUGUGGUGUUGGUUUAAAAUAAAAGGUGCGAAAAGUAGAUUCUCUUGACCAAUCUGCGGAGGCUAAAAUAUCCGCCAGUGAGCUGCCUGCGCGGAACGCGGAGGAUGCGGCCGCUCCCCUAAUGGAGUGAGCUCCGAAAGAGCUAUCAAUUCCUGCUUGGGUAAGCAACCAUCUCACCCAGCGUGCAAUGGUGGGGGAGGAGAACGGUUUGUGAGGUUUAACCUAAGAGACAAACAGAGGUCCGGUAGGGGGACGCAAAGAGAUAGUGUUGUCAAUGUAACACAGGGCCACACAGAGUGACGGACUAUCAGGAAAGUAUGGAUAAAAGACUGACGAAGAAUUCGUCUUAGUGCGUCUAGUAAUGGUAAAUCUGACACCGUCUGGUGCAAAGGUGACAGCGUGAGAGUCAAAAGCGUGAACGUCUGAAACUCUGCAGAAGGACACCAGACACAGUAGCAAGGCCAAUUUCGCAGAGAGUUGGCGUAAGGACAAGGCCUUGUUAGGUGGCCAGGAAUCCAACAGUGUGAAAACCUGAGAGACAUCCCAGAACGUAGAGUGUUUGGCAGAAGGUGGCCUCGUCAAACGAAUGCCCCGUAAAAGUCUGCACACGGAAGGGUGUUUCCCAACCAAGAAAUUGUCAAUAGUGUCAUGGGCCGCCGAAAUGGCGGAACGAAAAAUAUUAAUCGAUCGGUAAGAUUUACCCUGAUCGAAGAGAGAUGAUAAGAAGUUUAAAAUGGGAGAGAGAGGUGUUGAAACAGGAUCGAGGUCCCUCUCCAGACACCAGCUAACCCAACUCCGCCAAGCGGAGAGGUAGGUUUGUCUGGUUCCUGGACCCCACCAGUCCCAGAGGAGUGUUUGAGCUGUGCAUGAAAGACCUGUGACAUGCCAAGCUCCCCUGAAACUGUCCAAGCUACCAGUUGAAGAUGGCCCUGUAGGGCAAGAGGAUGGUAAUCGCCCAUUGGGUUCCUGAGGACUCGAAAGGAGCGAGGAAGAAGUCUACUGUUCGAGGAGGGUAGGGAACCAGGUCUGGGCCCUCCAUAGAGGGGUGAUUAUUACUACCCUGACUUUCUGCUCUUUGACCCGGUGAAGGGUCCGUUGAAUCAUCGAGAAGGGAGGGAAAGCAUAGGCUCCCUCCCGUGGCCAAGGUUGCAGAAAAGCGUCAACUGAAAGAGAUAGAGGGUCUGGUAGCCAGCUGAAGAAAUCGUCUGUCUGACGAUUCAGGCGAGAUGCAAAGAGGUCGAGUGUGAGAGGUCCCCGUAGGAAGUGGAUGUGAUGGAACAGGAGAGGGUCUAAUUGCCAGACGCUGGCAUCCCUCCAAUGACGCGAAAACCAGUCCGCGACUAGGUUGUCGGACCCAGGGAGAUACUCCGCUCGGAUGGACAGAUUUCGGUCCAGACAGAACUGGUACAGGUCCUUGGUGAGGUCGGACAGAAGUUUGGAUUUGGAUCCUCCGAGUCGGUUGACAUACCGCACUGCGGAGACAUUGUCCAUCCGUAGUACCAGGGAGCAAUUGGAGGCGUCCUUGGCAAAGCUGCGGAUCGCGAAGGAUCCAGCAAUGAGCUUGAGACAAUUUAUGUGGAGAGCCUGUUCCGAUGGGGACCACAGACCUCCUGUGGAGGUUUGGGCACACGUAGCACCCCAACCCAAGAGGCUCGCAUCGGAUUCCAGAAUAAAAUCUGGUUGAGACCCGAAAAUCGCUUUCCCAUUCCAGGCUUCCAUGUUGCGAAGCCACCAAUGAAGUUCGAUGAUAACUUCGUCCAUCAGAGAAAUGAAUUGAUCGUAAGAGGUUGAGCGAUGCAAGUAGGUUGUUUUCAACCGUUGCAUCGCUCUGUAGUGUAAAGGCCCGGGAAAUAUAGCUUGAAUUGAUGCGGACAGGAGACCCAGAAUGUGUGCAAGGUCGCGGAGCCGAGGCUGUUGCGAAGAAAGCAACUUUUGGAUUUCUUUCUUUAUGUUUUUUAUUUUGGGGUAAGGCAGCUGCAAAGUUGCCUGGACUGAGUCUAUUUGAAAGCCCAGAAACUGGACUACCUGAGAUGGUUCCUGGUCUGAUUUCUGGAAGUUUAUGACAAAGCCAAGGUUUUGAAGGAGAGCAGAGGUCAUGUGCGUAUGUUUGCGAAGCAAAUGUUGGUCUUGGGCCAUGAUCAGAAUAUCGUCCAGAUAUAUGAUGGAACGUAUUCCCCGAGAGUGGAGUAGUGCCAUGACCGGCUUCAUUAACUUGGUGAAACACCAAGGGGCGGAGCAAAGUCCAAAAGGAAGGCAGGUGAACUGCCAAAUUUCGCCCCGCCAGAGGAAUCGAAGGAAUGCACGAUGACUUGGUGCGAUUGGGACCAUGAGGUAAGCAUCCUUGAGGUCGAAUCUGGAGAACCAGUCUCCCAAGCAGAGUAGGUCCCUGAGAAGAUGGAUACCUUCCAUCUUGAAAUGGCGAUAUGUGAUGAACUGAUUCAGUUCUUUGAGGUUGAUAAUAGGACGGUGAUCUCCGGUCUUUUUCCGUACCAGGAACAUGUUGCUGAUGAAAGUGUAAGGGAAAGGCGAGGGUUCGAUUGCCCCUUUGUCUAAUAGUUUGUGCAACUCUGAAUCUAAGGUUAGUUUGUCUGUUUGUGACAUCCCUAAGGGUGUUGGAGGGUGGCUCUUAGUGGGGUGUGUGAGAAAAUUAAUUUUGAAACCCCUGACUGUAUGGAGGAUCCAGUGAUCCUGAGAGAGUAGUUUCCACUGUUGGAAAAAAAGGGUUAAUCGACCUGCAAUUGACACAUUUUUUAAAUAAGUAAGGUCCAUCACCUGAAGCAGUGCGUUUGUGCAGGCAUGCAGAGCCACGUCCUCGAAUAGAGCCUCUGGAGCUGAAGAGCUGUCUGUGGUAGGGUCUUCUGGGUCCAGAGGACCAAUGAUCUGUGGGUCGGGGCCUGUAGCCUGCAAAGGCUGCUCUACUGGUAGCUCGGCCCCUGAAGCGACCAGCUCUCCCGGAAAAACGAUGAGUUUGGUAGCAGAAGACCCUGCGUAGUGAGGACUGGGCUUUAUUAAGCGUUGUAAAUACAGAGACAUGCUUAGAGAGGUCUCGCAUAAAGCUGUCACCAAACAGAAGACUGUAACGGAGCUCCUUGUACUCCGACUGAGUACCCUCCGUUGAUGGAUGCUCCUAGCGCUUGCUGAGGACCCCAAGUGCUGCAGCAGACACCACAACCACCGCAGACUCCGCAACAGCCGUAUCUUGACUGGAGUCUCGCCGUCUUCCUUCCACCCUGGAUCAGCUUCAGUCCUCCAGGACUGUGUGGGAAAGAACUCUUCCUUCCACCCUGUAUGAAUCUCCAGCAUCCAGGACUGUGUGGUGAAGACCCCUCCUCCAAGAAGAGCGUGUCAAGAACAAGCUCUUAAAAGAGCUAAGUGACUCAAGCUCAGGGGAGCAUGCAGAGCAUAGCAAUCCCCAGUGUGAUUAUAACAGCUCCCUCCAAUAACGAGACAAGGCUAUGUUUAGAAGGAUCAAGAAGAACUGUCAAAACCUUUAUUUCCCUUGGGACCAGCCAAUAGGGUCACCACAAUAACAUUGUUGUGAAACCUCAAUAAAAUCACAAACAGUCAAAACAUAUCAAACAACACACAGUGACUUAUCACAACACAAUGGCACAUUCUUAAAGGGGUGGGGGGAGACAAUAUUUAACAGUAAAUGUCUCACCUGCCUGCAGAAUUAGCAAUAUGCAAAUCUACCCGAAUAUGCAAAUGAACCAGUCUUGCAAUUCAGGUAGUGCAUAUUGCUGUUGCUACCAACAGAGGGCACUAGACAGGCUCCAUAGCCAAACCCACCUAGUUGGUAGCAAACCUCAGCAAUACAAGAGAGCAGGCAAUACAUUACACAGUACACACACACACUAUAAACAAUUACAUUACACACACCCUGCACCUAUAAUGGGUACAGGGUGACUAAAACAUAAGAUAAAUAAAGCAGCCUACAUAAAUAGUCUGUCUGAAGGUAGACUAGGGGCUUUAAAGCCAGAUACAUGAAAGAGUCAUAGUCACAGGGGAGGAGGCUGGCAAGUAGGCCUCUCCAGGACCAAGUGGCGAAGGGCACUUCGUCACAUAUCUCCCCUUCGGGGGGAAGACUAACCAGGCACCUGACUUUCUGUCGGUCAGUGCCUAAGUUAGUCGAGUCACCCACCGACCAUAAGCAAGUGCCAGAGUAGUCCACCCACAACAAACAGUUAUUAGAGCAGCCCACCCACAGCAAACAGUGACUGCACCUGGGUAUUCCUCUGGGGUGAUGGGGCAACACGCUGUGGGGACUUGAGGGGCAGAGGCCAGCGGCGCUCUGCCCUGAUGCCAGCGCUUCUGCUGGGAGGAGGGGGGUGCAGGCCAGUCCUGUGACAAGGGGAUCGGUAGGGCAGAGGCCAGCGGCGGUCUGCCCUGAUGCCAGCUCUUCUGCUGGUAUAGCCUGCAAGACAUCAGGCUCUGAACAAGGGACAAAGGGAGGGCAGAGGCCGACUGCACUCUGCCCAGCUGCCAGCUCUUCCGCUGGUAUAGCCUGCAGGACAUCAGGCUCUGGACAAGGGACAAAGGGAGGGCAGAGGCCGACUGCACUCUGCCCAGCUGCCAGCUCUUCCGCUGGGGUGCUGGGAACAUAGUCCGGCUCAGUUAACCCUGGGGCCAAGUUAGGAGUUAGCUGGGGAGGGGAAUUCGUACUUACCCCCUCUUCCUGUUGUCCCUGUGAGGGUAGUUGGGGAUCUGGACAGGCUGUCCAGCAUCCCUGUAGGUCAGGCACAGAGACCACGGUCCCAUCUGCACCAUCUGGGAGAUUGGUGUCUUCCCUUGGUAGGGUAAGCUGCCGCUGGGGAGAUAGGGUGCUGUGCUCCUCUCCCUGAAACACAGGCUGCUGCUGGAGAGGGAGACCGCCUAUCUCCACUCCCAUAACAUUGUCUUGCUGCUGGAGAGAGAGACCAACUGUCUCUGCUCCCUGUAGGACACACUGCUGCUGGGGGGGAAGGACGACACCUUCGGCCCCCUGGAAUUCGCACUGCCGCUGGGGAGGAAGGACGACACCUUCGGCUCCCUGUAACUUGCACUGCCGCUGGGGAGGAAGGACGACACCUUCGGCUCCCUGUAACUUGCACUGCCGCUGGAGACUAGGUGUCCAUAUCCUCAACCUCCACAGUUGUCGCUCAAAGGCCAUUGCCGCACUGUUCUCAGCACUCAACUGGCGCAUUACUUGGUGGACCACCUCGUUCGAAAGGUCUGGGCCAUAGCAGACCAACCGCCUCUUUACCUCCUCAAUGUAAGCGUCGUCCUCGUAGCGACGUAUCAUGUUGAGGUGCUCUUCGCAGGGCUCUGUCCAUCCCUGCUCCAUGCUGCUGUAGUUAGGGACGCUGCACAGUGGCUAGCGUUGCCCUCAAUAACCUCUCAUACGAUACCAGUGUCUCCGAGCUGCUUCUCCUCGCACUAGGACGCCAUCCCACCGCUGCCACCAAUGUAACGGAGCUCCCUGUACUCAGACCGAGUACCCUCCGUUGAUGGAUGCUCCUAGCGCUUCCUGAGGACUCCAAACACUGCAGCAGACACCACAACCACCGCAGACUCCACAACCGCCGUAGCUUAACUGGAGUCUCGCCGUCUUCCUUCCACCCUGGAUCAGCUUCAGUCCUCCAGGACUGUGUGGGAAAGAACUCUUCCUUCCACCCUGUAUGAAUCUCCAGCAUCCAGGACUGUGUGGUGAAGACCCCUCCUCCAAGAAGAGCGUGUCAAGAACAAGCUCUUAAAAGAGCUAAGUGACUCAAGCUCAGGGGAGCAUGCAGAGCAUAGCAAUCCCCAGUGUGAUUAUAACAGCUCCCUCCAAUAACGAGACAAGGCUACGUUUAGAAGGAUCAAGAAGAACUGUCAAAACCUUUAUUUCCCUUGGGACCAGCCAAUAGGGUCACCACAAUAACAUUGUUGUGAAACCUCAAUAAAAUCACAAACAGUCAAAACAUAUCAAACAACACACAGUGACUUAUCACAACACAAUGGCACAUUCUUAAAGGGGUGGGGGGAGACAAUAUUUAACAGUAAAUAUCUCACCUGCCUGCAGAAUUAGCAAUAUGCAAAUCUACCCGAAUAUGCAAAUGAACCAGUCUUGCAAUUCAGGUAGUGCAUAUUGCUGUUGCUACCAACAGAGGGCACAAGACAAGCUCCAUAGCCAAACCACCUAGUUGGUAGCAAACCUCAGCAAUACAAGAGAGCAGGCAAUACAUUACACAGUACACACACACACACACACUAUAAACAAUUACAUUACACACACCCUGCACCUGUAAUGGGUACAGGGUGACUAAAACAUAAGAUAAAUAAAGCAGCCUACAUAAAUAGUCUGUCUGAAGGUAGACUAGGGGCUUUAAAGCCAGAUACGUGAAAGAGUCAUAGUCACAGGGGAGGAGGCUGGCAAGUAGGCCUCUCCAGGACCAAGUGGCGAAGGGCACUUCGUCACAAAGACCAUCUGCGUCUGGUCCCAAUUCCUUAGAGCUUAAGUCUACUAAUUUAGCGUCAAUUUUAUAAAGUGCCGCUUUUCGUCUUUCUAUUGAAAUUGCCACGUUUGCAUUGCCUAAUAAGCAAAGAGCUCUCUGAGCCCAUUCUCUGAUAGAGUGUGGAUCGAAUUCACCACUAGUGAGUGCCUCAUCUGCCAGGAUAAAAAUCUGGAUUAUGGGACCUGAAAUGUCCAAAAGCUUGUCUUGGGCUGCUUUUAACCCUUGCUCUAUACCCUUACGAGGGUCUUUGCCAGAUUUAGUCAAAAGGGUGACCAGCAUGGUGUCGAAUUCAGGGGUAGAGGCAACUUUGCCAGGAAUAGUAGGUCUUGGGCAUUCAGCCCUCAAUUUAUUUCUGAGUUCUUUUUCGAGGGGCUUGCGAAGCCACAUUUUGCAGUAACUGGCAAUGUGAUCAGGAGGGGUCCAUUCUGCAGACUGUGGGUGACGAAUCACCCUUCGAUCAAAAAGGGGAAGGCCUGAAGCAUCCAGGAGGGUGUCUGAAGCAGGCUCUUUAGUUGGAGGGGCACCUUUAGCAUCUUGAACAUGAAAGGUUUCCUUAAUAAACUCUGAUGUUGAGGAAUCCUGGGGCAUAUUCACCGUAGGAUCCUCAUCAGAGUAGGUGGUGUCAUAGUCGUUUAAAAUAUGACCAGCUAGUCUGGAAGUAGAGCCCUCCAGAGGGUCUGACGGGUUCUGCAUAGUAAAUGUUUGAAGAUUUUCGCAGGAGCUCUGCCUUUGCCUGCAGUAACGCUAUUCCCUUUCCAGGGUCUUUUGCGCGGGGCACUUUCUUGAUCUGAAAGGUGAGAAUCCUCUGAGUCAGAGGCUUGGCGUGUAGAGGGAUGAACCUCUGUAGUAGAGUGCUCAUGAUAAGCUGCCAGAGCUUUGGGAAUGGACUCUGCAAUGGUGGCAAAUAGCCAAUCCCGAAGUUCUGCAGAAAUAGCAGGGUCUUGGUGUUCCGACAUUUUUAAUGUUUAAAUUAUGGGAUUGACAAAGGGCAGAUUAGUAACUACAGGUAAGUGUAGUAAAAUUAUAAGGCAGUGUUGUUAAGUGACAAAAAAUGAGGCAACUCAACUAGUAUAAUGGAGAGGUGGGGGUCACCAACACGAACUGAAACCAGUGGGGGUCACCCACAAUUAUUAGGCACAAUAAAGAAAGGGGGUCACCCUUUAACAAAUGGUGAACAGCAAUAAAAAGUAUAUAUAUAUUCAGAUAAGUAAGCCCACUGAGGUAGGGUUGCCCACUAAAGAGGACCCUGUCAAACCAAAGUGGGGUUUCUGUGAGUGUUAAAUAACAAAGUGGUAUCUGCCAAUUUUUUUUUUUUGCUAAGCAGUAGUUAUGGUGGAGUUAAGUAAUAAAAGAAAGUGGGGAUCACCCACAAAAUAAGCAGGGUGGUGUCAGCCACGCAAAAUAUUGUUGGCAGUAGUUGUGGUGGGGGUCACCCACAAAUGAAACAGAAGGUGGUGUCAGCCAAAAAUUUUAAUAAAGAAAGUGGUACAGUGAAUUAUCACUUUAACAUAAAGGGGGUCACCCAAUAGUUUAUCAGGCAGGACUUGCUGAGUUAAAUAAACCUGCAAUGAUAAGGAGAGAGAAAGAUCAGUGUGCUGAUCUUAAAAAGGCAAAACUUGUCAUAUAGAUAAUAAAUGGUAUAACCAAUUAACUUACCUUCCGGGUAAGUAACAAUAGUACCCACAGAUGAGGGAAAAACGCAGCGGAGUGAAAAAACGCGAGUGCCGCGAUUAAAGAUGGCCGCCGCAAGAAGAAGGGGCGGAGCCGCCGUACGGGGGAAACCAGUGAGGAGAAAGGGCGCGAAGGCUGUAGCAGGAGACCAAUGGUCUCCUGGGAAAUGGAGUUCCUCACUAGGCAGUUUCCUGACAGGAGAGGAGGAGGGGAGGAAAAAAACCCGGCGGGCAGAUGCUGUGUGCGGCCGAAAACUGCUUACACUUGUAAUUAAAGGUGUAAGCUACCUUAAAGCAGAAUAAUAAAAGAGGACAUAUUCCACUGAAAAGGAAAAUAAAAGACACUUGUAAAAGACAUAUUAAAUUAACAAAAGGUGUUAAAGGAAAAUUAACCUGAGGCAAACUAAAACUAUUAUUGAGCUAUCUCAUAGGAAAACAGAUAAAAAAAAUCAUCAAAUAAUCUUAGAGAAUUUGAAAUUUAAGUACUGAAACUAGGCAACGUAAUUGGAAUAGACUCACCUGGGAGGCAAGCAGCAAAGAAAGAGGAAGUGGGAGGAGUCUGGUGGCACUAUAUUGCUCUAUGUUAUGUUAUGAUUGGUUGAAUUUCUUACAACUUUAUUAACUAUUUCUUUGCUGCUGGGAGUUUCAGUAAAGAAAGAUAAGCAAAUAUGAAGCCUCCUGUCUUGCCAUAAAAUUAUUUCCUGUAACCAUUUUGCAAUCUGUGAGUUUUCAGAUACAUUGUGUAUAAUUGUAUACAUGAACAUCAGGCCUAACCAGGCUGUGGAAUUUUACUUAAUGAUGUAUUAUUGAAUGAAUAGUGUAUGAUGUCUUAUGACCCUUAUAUUAUCAAAGGCUGUAUAAUAUGAUGGUAUUUGACUAUGAGGAAUGUGACUAAAUAUGCACUCAGAAAUUGAUGAGAGUGUGUUAGAACCCACCACUUGCUUAUACCUGUAGAAUGGGGAUAUUUUACAUACUGAAGGCCUCAUUGCUAGUACACUUGUUUUAUAUGUCUUCUUUUAUUUGUUUACUUUUCUGUGUUAUACUGUAAUCCUAAAAUCUCAAAGUGAAGAUUGUCAAAAAAAAUCCAAUUUUUUUAUAUCCUGCUUCUAUGGGUGUAGUAGUAGUAAAUGUGUUUAACCCCAUUACAAAGGUGAGCUAAUCCAGGUGCACAAUAUGUGGAUGCAGGGCCUCCUUCAGGGGGUGACAGCCAUGACAGUUGUCACAGGCUCGGCUGUCCUGGGGGGCUCGACUGCCUGGGUCCCACAUUCCCCAUCUGUAGUGGCAGAACUGCACCGGAGCCCGCAUGGUGAUGGAGCCCAUCGGGUGGCCCAUGCACUUAGGGCCAGCCAAACCAAAAUGUAAGAAAUAGGACGGUGGCUGAAAAAUGAGCUGCAUGAGUGUGUGUCAGUAUGUGUGUGUGUAUGUUUGUGUGUGUCUAUAUGUGUGUCAGUAUGUGUGUGUGUGUGUGUAUGUCUGUAUGUAUGUAUGUGUGUGUGUGUCUGUAUGUAUGUCCGUAUGUAUGUUUGUGUGUGUCUGUAUGUAUGUCAGUAUGAGCAUGUGUGUCAGAAUGUAUGUCUGUGUAUCUGUAUGUGUGUGUAUGUGUCAGUAUUUAUGUCUGUGUGUAUGUCUGUUUCAGUAUGUGCAUCUGUCAGUAUCUAUGUGUGUCAAUAUAUAUGUCAGUGUGUGUCUCUGUGUAUCAGUAUGUAUGUGUAUCUGUGUGUCAUUUUGUGUCAGUGUGUGUAUCUGUGUUUGUGUCUGUGUAUAUUCUGUGUUAAUGUGUAUGAGUGUGUGUAUCUGUGUGUGUCAGCGUGGGUAUAUAUCUCUGUGUGUAACUUUGUGUCAUUGUGUGUGUCUGUCUGCAUUUCUAUCUACACUACACACAAAUGCACACCUGCAUUCAAACACCAACACUCACACACAUACUCCAUAAUCAAACACAACUUGUGUGUGUUUGUGUGUGUGUGUGUGUGUUUGUAUAUAUAUAUAUAUAGAAAUACAGGUUUGUAAUAUAUAUACAUAUAUAUAUAUAUAUAUAUAUAUAUACACACACACACUGCAUCCACUACACAUGAACUAACACACACUGUGUCCAUUUUACACACCAUGUCUCCAAUGCACAAACACACUCAGCAUCCACAAAACACACAACCUGUGUGUCCACUCUACACACAUUGCAUCCUUGUGGGUGGACUUGGAGGUGGGCCAUAAGGGCAGGUUUGGAGGUGGGCUCCCGGGGGCCCAGACCAUGCGCUGUGUUAACAGCUCUCUGUGUGUGUCUUAGUUUUCAUCUGUAAGCAGGGUGACCCAAACUCAGCUCAUCAGAACAAAAUUAUAUAGCAGUGUGCCUGUACCCCCCUAGAUAACUUGUGCUCUGCAUCUCUGUCUGGAACCAUCCACUGUGUGCACUGCAUUGUGGUCUAUCUCUCAGUAUAUCUCUACGAUGAACAACAUACCCAUAUUUCCUUACACACAACACCACAAGAAGCCAAGAAUAGGGGAGGAGGAGUCUGCGCUAAACAACAAAAAUGGGAGCUGCAACCCUCAAUAGGGAAUCCCUCAAAAAACCCUAAUAAAAUAGUAGAAAAGAAAAAGGGGUGAAGGGCUGCGCUAGAUACAGAUGAAAUAUAUAAAAUAUAUAAAAUAGUAGAAAAUAAUAAUAGGAUAUGAAUAUACAAUAAAAGAUAUACAGUAAAAAUACAAUAAGAUAAUGUAAAACAGAGUCCGUGCACUAGUAGUGGAAAAACUUAAAACUUUAAAAGUCCAAUAAUAUGCAUAAAAGACGUCUCACUGUUAUGUAGAUGAACUGUAUAUGUACAGUCCUCAAAGGUUAAUCCUUCCGAAUUUCCAGGGAAUCCGUAUAUGAAAGAUAAGAACAUAAACACACUUCCAAUGGUAUAGUAUAUACUGAGAGGUUUAGCGAAAUUGAAUAAAAGUGGAGAAUGGUAAACUCACAAGAAGCCACCCCACACACAAGUCUGCAAGCAGCCUCUACACACAUAGCUUUCAUCAAACGUACAUGAAGACCUACAGCUUUUAAUACACACAUAUUGAAGCUACCACCACACGCUCAGACUGGUGAAGGGACACCAAAUGUUAGGUUGAAAAACACUGGUAGAGAUUGGAGAGACAUUGGAAGAAACAUAGUGGGACAGAGACUGGGGGAUAAAGGGAUUUUGACCGAGGGAGAAAGUAGAAAAACAGAGAGUUGGGAAAAAGUGACUGAAGGGAGGUGUUCAUGUUUAAUUACUCAUUGUGUCUAAACACUAUUUAAUACUGCCAGGAGUCUGAUUUGAUUUCUGGGUCCCGCCUCCUACUGUCCCUUCUCUAUACCCACCUUUUGUCACUAUUCUAGGUCCUAGAAAUGGACACCUUCUGCCCCACAUAAGGAUUUAACAUUGGUAUUUUCAUUUAGGGAAGAGGUGGGGUUUAGAGCAAAGCAGGAAAUGUGCCUGGAAAGGGAGAAAUUAAUUUAAUCACACCCACAGAGGGGUCUUAAGAAGAAAAAAUUGCACCCAGGUGUCAGACUCUUGACUCAACCCUGAACCAUAAUGUAAAGAUUCCUACUUAGAAAUUUUAAAAUUUUGUCUAAAAUGAAGGAAAAUGUUUAAACGAGUAGCCUUUUUUAAAAUACAACUUGACCUUAAGUUUCAGUAUUACCAUGUAAAACCCUGACUACAUUGUUUUAUAGGUUUUAUAAAGUACAUACUUUCAAUGUUUCUUUUUUAGUAUGGCUUUGAAGUUGUAGAAGUCUGAGGCUUGAGUCAGAACGGGCAAAAUAUAUUAGUUUUUAAUUUGCCAGCUAAAGACAUCACAUAAGGGUAUAAGUUGUGCUAAUAUGGAUGAACUAUAGGCUGGGCUUGAAAGCUGGUGAGCAUUUUAGAAGCAAUAUAGUUACUGAUCUUUUUAUUGUCCUUAGAAUGGUCUUCCAUCUCCAGAGAGACCGUACCUCUUCAAUGGGGACUUUGUUGACAGAGGGAAACAAUCCAUUGAGAUCUUGAUGAUCCUUUUCGCAUUUUUGUUAGUUUAUCCAAAGGCACUCCAUUUAAACAGAGGAAAUCACGAAGACUAUAUGGUCAACUUAAGGUAAGGAAAGGAGUAAAAUGAAAGAAAAAAAAACUAAAGUUUCCGUGGGUUUGCUGAUUUGUAGUUGACUAUUUUUUAAAUUUUUGUUCAUAGAUAUGGAUUCACCAAAGAAGUGAUGAAAAAAUAUAAGGUAUGUAGAUUACCUCAUUGAACGUAUUUUAAGGUGGCCACAUAACUGUUGCUAUUAUUUUUUAACAUAAGUAUUAUUACCAUGCAUGUAGUUUAGUGCCACAAAGAUUAAUAUGUUUCCUGUCAUAGUAUGGGUAAUGGAUGAGUAUUGGCUUCUCAGAAGCUUUUCAUUUUUAGGUCACUUUGUCAUUACAGAAGAAUAUUUUCUAUUUUAAAUUUAUAUUGUCCAUAAUGGCAAUACAGAGCCAAAAAGCAUGAUAUAUAGCAACUGCAGAUGAUAAUUUCAGCUUCUGUAGGCAUAAUCAGUUAAGAAUGGUUGAUAUCGCUCUGGGGACAGCAAGCAAAUGAUCCAUAGUUAUAUUACCCUUCAGACUAACAGAAAACAAAUAAUGUACUUAUCUUUGAAAACUAGGGAAGCUGAAACAUUUGCUAUGCUUUGUGGUAAGUCAACAGACAUUGCAAUUCCAUUCUGGACUGCUUUUAGGAGUGAGAUCAGUCAUACUCUCAUGGAAACUGUUCUUCCCCAAAUUCACAACUAACUUGAAUAACCACAACCAAUCUGACAAGCACAUUACGUCUCUGCUCAUAAGGCAAGCUAGUUGCUAGCUGGUUGUUAUCCAUUUAUGUGAGUAUCACUUAACUCCCAGUAGGUGAUUUUUUGAAGUGCCUUUACACCUCAAGUAACCAAUUUUUAACCUACCUUCCUUAAAGCACUUUGGGUUGUGAAUUAUUAAUACAACUGUGUAUUUUGUGUAAAAAAAAAAAACACAGGAAAGCAACAAAUAUAGGCCUCGAUUUAAUAGUUUCCGACAAGCAUUAUAAAUGGUUUAAUAUUUUUGGAUAAAGUUAAAAAAGAUUUUUUUCAAAAUAUUCACAUAUCAAAAAUAUAUACUCUAUAAUAAAAAAUAUCAAUAUCUCAAAAAAAUUAAAAUAAUUUUCAAUAUGAAGCUUAUCCAAAAAUAUUAAAUCAUUUGAAAAGCUUAUCCAACAACAGUAAAUCAAGGACAUAAUGAGUAAAUUGUUUUAUUUAUCAACGUAUUACUUUUCUGUUCCAGGUCCAUGGAAAAAAAAUUCUAAAAAUGCUGCAGAGUGUUUUUAGCUGGCUCCCACUGGCCACCAUAAUUGAUCAGAAAGUACUGGUGACACAUGGAGGGGUAUCCAGUACCACAGACUUAAAUCUAUUGUCUAAAAUUGAAAGGCACAAGGUAAAACAUCCAUUUAUUUAGCAACAUCUUCAUUUUGAUAUAUCAGCUUUUUAUAUUUUAAUUUUUUUGUUAGCAUUUACACAUUAUUUUUCCCCCAACAUCAUUUUAAAAGUGUGUCUGAUUCUCAUUAUUAAUGUCACAUGUUUAUUUUUUAAAUCUCUAGUUUGCAUCUACUUUGCGACCUCGGAAAAAGAAGGAGAAAACUAAGCAAAUGGAUGAAAAAUUAAAUCAUGGGAAUUGUACAAAUGGAGAAAACGCUGUGGCAGAACCUGUGAAUCCCCAUAGAAGUGGGUCAUUCUCCCAUAGUUCCAGCCCAAGCCUUAUACCCAAGUACAAGGGGAAAAGAUCUGCCAGUAGCCCCACCACUAUGACCAUUGACAGAAAGGAGAUCUCCAAACGUGUACGACAGGCUGUUGAUGAAGAGCUAGAAAAAUGUCGGCGGCAGGUGGGAUUAACAGAAACUUAUGCAGAGCCAGAUAGCCCAGUUUCUGUGUCUGAAUCUGACUCUGACUCCGGGGAUGUCCAGGAAUUUGACACUGACAAUGAAGAGAUGAAGCAGGUGACAUAUGUGUCUUUUAAUACAAUUUUUUCAAUGUGCAAUUGUCGUUUUGUUUUGGUGCUUUACAAUUUUUAGUUUUGUUAGAUAUGAGAUGUACAUUACAGGUGUUCUAAAAAGUUUAGCUGGGAUACAAAAUGGAAAAGAAAACUGCAAAUAUCAAUUACAGUAUACUUUUACAAAUUCGAUCUUUACAUGGAUAAUUCCAUUCAAAACCACUGAUGAAGUAAUAAUAAAUAACUAGUUUUUGUAUAGCACCAUUCUUCCAGUCAGACUCAAAGCACUAUUCAGCGUACACUCUCAGAAUGAACCGAAUCAGAAGCUGAGUAAUAAUGGAUAUUAUUACCCAAUUGAUAGUACUCAUUUUAUGAACCUUGGAAGGAUGAAGGGCUGAGUUGACUCUGCCAGGAUUAGUACCUGUGACAUUAUUGAACAUGGUAUGCAGUUAGGGAAUUUUCCAACGGAGAUACCUCACCAGCUACAGUAACCGUAAAAAUCACCAAACAUAGUAUCAUCGAUAGGAAACUGCUCUGUGUCCCCCCACCCGAUCUCACCUAAAUCUGGUUUGCCUGCUCAGUGUCACUCAUAGAGGUGAGCAUGAAUAACCACAACACAGCCCCCCAUUAAUAAUACUGGGGAAGAAAAAGGAAAGAUAUGGAGAAUGUUCAAAAAUUGAAGAGAGACAAAAGAAUAAAGGUGUGUGUCUGUGGAGGUAAGGAUUGGGGGUAAAAUGUUGGGGUGUCAGGGAGAAGGGAGUACAGUGUAAGGUGACAGCUGAUCCCAACCUCGCCACUCAUUAAUUGCUGUGUGGAACUGUAGAGAGACUGUCCGACCGCCAGGAAUCUACGUAAUUUAAAUCAUGUGUUUUAUCUCCCCUCCUCUCCCAAUCUUGACACAAAAUCCAGCAAUGGUAGCCAGAUCUCAUAAAAUUUCACCUCCCUACCAUACAGACUAACCAUUAUAUCCUCCAUCUGCCUCAUCUCUUCCAUUUUAGCAAUCCAUUGGUCUAAACCAGGUUUAGCAAUCUGCUUCCAGUGGGCAUGGAUCAGCACUCUAGCCGCUUUCAAAAAGUCCUGUGUCAAAGAUUUUUUAGAUUUGGAAACCGGCAUCUCCACGUGACUGAGCAACAGAGCUGCCAGAGUAAACAGGACCCUAUCUUCCACCACAAAUAACAUUGUCUCAUGAACCAGUAAUCAAAAUGAUUGGAUACGUGGGCAUUCCCACCAUAUGUGUAGAAGUGUUCUUCUACCCUAUAUAUACCUCCAGCAUUUGUCAGAUACUCCCAGAAACAUCUUUUGUAGGUGAUGAGGUGUCUGAUACCACAUGUAUAGUAGUUUGUAGUUCGUUUCCUGUAUAGAUGAGGUCAGAGAGAAACAGUGUUGAAGAAUGCAGAUCUUAGACCAUUGCUCUUUUGAGACGACAGUCCCUAAAUCAUCCUCUGAUCAUUAAAAAAACUUAUGAGGGGGCUGGCUCCACUAGGGUGCUUAAGUGUUUGGUAUAAAACCAAAACACAUACAAGUCAUAAUUUUUACUUUUGCUGUCACCCCUGUUAGACUGCCUGUGUGCAGGUGACUGGCUUACUUGCUAAUGCUGAUGGGAGUGUCAGGUCUGGAGCAGCUGUCUCCUUAUUUCUCUCCCCUCUGCUGCCCGUGCCACCUCAUCCUCCCAUGUGGGCUCUCUCUGUGUCUCACUUCUUCCCUGGCUGCCAAUGUGAAGGAGACCAGGAUGCGCUGCCCGCUGGGCCCCUGUUCAGCAACAUUCAUUAGGUGAACAUAAGUGUAUGGUCCACCUGCUGCGCCACACAGUGUGCGGGUAGUUCUGACACUGAAUGGAAUGGCACUGGAGUUUUAUUAUUUUUACCCAAAUACUAUUCGUGGUUUAACAUUUGUUAAUAUAUAAUUAACGUAUCUUGAAAUAGAACAAUGGGAAUUUCUUCAAUAUUAACAAUAAGUGUACUAUGAAGUCCAGGUUAAUGGAGUAUUAGUUAAAGUAAAUCAUGAAUGAGAUUAUCUUUAUGUUGUACUGCAAAUUGUCUUUAUAGAAUUUUCUAAGAGGAACAGAGUGAACUGUUCAUGGUCAGUAGAACAAUUCAGAACAUUUGCUGUGUGAAGGAAUGUCAAUAUGAACUUUUAAGCAAAGAGCUUCAGCUGUUUUGAUUACUGUUUUAGAGUUUAUUUCAGUAGAUAUAUGGCAAUGGGGAGAAGAAAAGAGUGAAGGAGGCAGACAAUAGGCUGUUUGAUGUGGGAAACAGGGAUGAUGUUUGCAGGUGGUUACAUAAAAUGGUAUAUAGAUUUAGUAAGCUCUCUCCAGUAGAACACUCUUCAUUAGUUGAAGGUGGCCAAAAGGAGGCAGUGGGAUAGGUUUAUUUUUUCAUAAAUAAACAAAAAUAAAUAUAGCUCCAUGAAUAACCUUGACCCAAAUGUACAUGAAACAGUGAAAAUAGUAACAUUACAGUCCUAUAAACAAGUUAAAAUCUGACUGUUCUCUUGCUAUUUUGUUACCGUAAAAUGCGUCAGAUUAAAUUAUACUUCAGUUGAUUCUACUUUUCAAUAUUGUAAAGAUUGUAGAUAUUCUUUGGAGUGAUCCCAUGCCACAAGAUGGCUGUAAAUCAAACACUGUUCGUGGAGGUGGAUGCUAUUUUGGUCCUGAUGUGACAGAAAAAUUCCUUAGAAAGCAUGGGUUGCAGAUGCUAAUUCGCUCCCAUGAAUGUAAGCAAGAAGGCUAUGAAUUCUGCCACAAUGGAAAGGUAAGGUCCAUGGCAAUAUUAUAACAUUAUUAUAACUGCGUGAUUGAAAGUUUACUCCGUCUAUAAACAUGCCACAAAGCUCAAGGCACAGAAAGGAGCCAAAUAAGUUCAAACUAUAUAUUAUUUUUUUAUUAUUCAUCUAUCUCUUUAGCAUUCUACACUGUUGUCACUCCUAUUGGGGAAAUACAAGACUUGUAAAUAUUGUUGAAGACCCAUUUAGAGAAGCACCUUAAAGGGACACUCCAGACACCUCAAACACUUCAGCUUGGUUUAAGUGCUUUAUGUAUAAAGAGUGUCUCCUCAUGUCUUAAUUUUGCAAAAAAUGCAGAUUUCAAUAAAAAAUUGCACUUUAUAAAUUAACCUUGUUAUACCCACUGGCUGCCAUUCAUACUAUAGGUCCUGUUACUUCCUGGUUUGGUUUGCUCAGUGGAGCUAAACACAAGAGGAGGGCAAUUGCCCAGAAUACCUGCCUUGCAAAGACUUCUCAUUGAGCUGCGUUGGGAAUUCUGUGAUUGUACAGCCAUAGAAAGGCUAGGCAGGGUUUGAAGGGCAAUGCUUGCAAAGGCAGCAGAUAACACCUGCAGGUUUUGCAAGCUGUUGUUAGAUAUAAUCCCAGUGAAUUUAAUUAUGCAUGCAAGUUUUUAUUGUGGAUAUAUCUACUGAAUUGUGAUUUUUAAAAAUGAAGAUAGAUGAAAUAACACAUCAUCCAGCACAGGUUGCCACAUUCUUAUUUGGGUGUAUCAAUCACAUUAAUAUCACAUGUCUCCAAACUUUAUAAAUUAUAUUUUUAGCCAGUGUUUGUGCUGCCAUUUUCCAAUUGCCCUUUCCCCCCUUUUUUAUAGGUAUUGACUAUAUUUUCUGCUUCAAAUUAUUAUGAAAUAGGAAGUAACAAAGGAGCCUACGUCAAACUGGGGCCUGAUCUUGUCCCACACUUUGUACAAUACCAAGCAAAUAAGACCACAAAUACUCUGACUAUGAGACAGAGGUAAGAUUUGUUGAUUCCAAGAUUCCUGUGCAUGGAAUAUCUGACUAUGUAUAAUGAGUAAUCCACCCGUGUCACAUAUGUUUCGUAGCAUUUCUGUCAUCUUGCCAACUCAUACCUGACAAAGCUUAAGGAAAAUAGAAACAUAGAAACAUAGAAUGUGAUGGCAGAUAAGAACCAUUCGGCCCAUCUAGUCUGCUCAAUGUUCUAAAUACUUUCAUUAGUCCCUGGCCUUAUCUUAUAGUUAGGAUAGCCUUAUGCCUAUCCCACGCAUGCUUAAACUCCUUUACUGUGUUAACCUCUACCACUUCAGCUGGAAGGCUAUUUUUUUAAAAUCCUUCAUAUUAUGACUGUCCUGAUAACACAUCUGCAGUGAAGAGGUUUAUCUUGCUUUGCAUAUAUACCAGUGGAGUUUCAUAGUUUUUAUUAAUUUCAUAAUUGUUGGGUAAUACAUAACUCCCAACAUUUGAAAUAGACAAAGACGGUCACAUUGUAAAGACAAGUUACUGUAUUAUUGCUGUGAAGCUCUGUUACACACUCAGACACACUAGCAAUAUGGAUCUCCAAUGUUACUUUACUUGCAUUUCCAUCUGACAAAACAAUGUACUGUAGUCACACUGUUUUAAUAACCAUCUAAAGUUGUAUAAUAUUGUUACUCACACCAACUAGAGUGAACAAGGAAGCCUCAUUUUUAACUCUACAAUGCUAUACCUGAUCCUUAUGUAUCUUCAUUUUUUAGAGUAAGCACAGUGGAGGAGUCUGCUCUAAGAGCAUUGAGAGAAAAACUGUUUGCGCACAAGUCAGAUGUCAUUAACGCCUUCAAGCUUUAUGACCGAAAACGAAGUGGUAAGGAAACUCAUUGGUUGUUUUUUAUUGUAAAAAAAAAAAAAGAUUAAAAACUCUUACUUUGCAAUUGAUCAGAAGAAGAAGCCCAGGUAGGCGGGCGAAACGCGUCACAUGUGACGUCACAGAAGAGGUGGACCCGCAUGAGAUCACGUGAUCGAGACUGGUGAACCCAGAAGUGACUGUAUUGAAUGGUGGAAGCCGUUUUACUCUGUCCUUACAAGCUUGUAUGUGGGUAGUUUUUACUGGCAUACCCAACAAUUGCAAAGUGAGAGUUUUUAAACUUUUUUUUUUACAAUAAAUUGAGAAGAUACUAUUCAAUUGUAGAUUAUGCUAACGUAGUGUACCUAUAAUCUUAAUUUUAAUAAUGACAGGAGGCGAGUAUUUUGCAUAACUUUCUUUACUUUAUGCCUCCAGCAGCACAAGUCAAUCAAUAAACUUUAAACCAAUCAGUAACAGGCAUCACAUUCAUAUAUAAAGCCCUGACAGUCACAUGACUUCCUCUUUCUUUGAUGCGAAAAACAGUCUAUUAUAACGUCAGGGAAUUCAAAUAACAGUCCUGAGUAACGUGUAGAACAUAACUUGAAACCUUCCAGCUUUAUCUUGUCGAAUCCAUCUAUGAUGAUUACGCUGAAAAGAACAGAAAUACGUGAAAGGUGAUGGAAACCAACUGUUGUCCACAUUAAAUCCAGUACUAUAUGUGUCUAUAUUUAUAUUAAGUUAAUAUACUGAAACAUUAAACAAACCAUAGUAUACUUAAUAAUCAACACGGAUCUAACACAUAUCAACCAAAUAAGCAUCCCAUAAAUAUACUGAAUUACCAAACCUUAUAAUUUACACUGAGAAAAUGACAAACCAAAAUAUAAAAAAUUUCCAGAGUAUAGGGAGGGAAACAGGGAGGGAAAAUACUCGCCUCCUGUCAUUAUUAAAAUUAAGAUUAUAGGUACACUACGUUAGCAUAAUCUACAAUUUUAUCACAUGACAGGAGGCUUCAUAUUUUGCAUUUUUAAAGCUGUGGUAUGAGCGUGAAGGAUGCGUGUGUGGUUGACGAAAAUAAAUAUACGGAAGUAGUCUAUCCGUGUCCAAUUCGUCGCUGAAAAUAUAGAGGCCCCCUCGUGAAGGCCUGAGAAGCAGCUGCGCCUCUUACCGAAUGAGUACCCAAACACGUCUCCACUCUUGCUAGCGAUAACAACCAAUGAACCCAUCUAGACAGAGUGUUCAUGGUAACUGGCUUGUACGGUUGGUAUAAGACCAGCAGAUGUCCUGAAUGUGGCAUUCUAAGUGUUGUCGUGAUCUCCAUGUAACAAAGUACCCCUUUAACUGCACAAAGGCUGGGAAACCGUCGGUAACAGGGAACGAUACGGACACGGAUAAGAUAUAGUUCUACGAGACACUGUAGAAAUUAUUCUUUCCGGUGAUACCGAAAAGACCGUCUACGUCGAACUCCAGUACAUCUGAUACCCGACGAAAAGACCUAAAAGUAACGUGACUCUGGCUAAUGGCUGACUGAGGGAUAGGACCGUGAUAUCUGACUAGCUCCAAAAGAACCAAAUCAAAGUCCCACACCAGUGAUACUUUGACGCAUGGUUCUGGACGGUUUGAUACCCCACAGAAAAUGGCAUAUCAAAGGCUCUUAAUUGACCGGAGUGUCGUGAAUCGUGCUAUGCAUCGUCGAAAUCGCGGAACGUAGCCCGUUAAUGGAACGUUCCGAUCGGCCUGUAGUGAAAAGGUAUGAUAAAGAUCCAGCAUCGUGGAGAUAGGGGUAAUAAAGGGAUCGCAGUCCCUUCCCAUACACCAGCGAACUCAAGGUGUUCCAUGCGGAUAAGUUAUUUCGGGGAAAUACCUGGCGUCCAUAAGUCCCAUAGUAGGUCUCUAGUUGGUUGCGAUAGUCCCUUGACAUACCAGUCUCCCCUGGAAGACACCAAUCUACCAACUCCAGAUGCUCCUGCAUUCUCAAUGGAUGAUGUUCUCCUUUUGGAUCCGCCCGAAGGCAAGUUAAAACAGAAGGAGCAGAGGAUGAUCCUGAUUAAGGACAACCCUUCUGGGUGUCACGCUUGCCUCCUUUACCGCAGUAAUGAGUACUAUCGAAGUCUUCGCUAUUCUGAUCCCAAUUUCAUAGGUGUGUCCGUAUCUCAGGCAGUGAGCUUUCAGCCACUGUCUGGCCUGGUAGUGAAGCAGUCCUGGGAAAUAGUCAAAGGGUUAUGGUGCCUUUCCGCCGUACCCGUCGAAUUUCCUUACGAAUCGUCGCUAUCAAUGAUGUGGGAAGGUGUAAUCCGCCCAAGGUGGAAUCUAUUCUGAAAUAGAGGAACUGAAUCACUCGGAACUGGGAUCGAACCAACUCCUCUCUGUUCACUAUGAAUCCCAACAAUUCCCGAAACUAAACAUAAAUCUCGUUUGUAAACGUAGUCAUGAAUUGGAUUUGCAAAAGGUAAGUCGUCUAGGUAUGUGACAGCAGAUACCCUUUGCUUUUCAGUGCACAGUGACCGACUUCAGAAACUUCAUGAGGCACCAUGUGAACCUAUAGGUAAGUGCCCUUCAAGUCCAACCUUGUAGAUCCCCUAAGAGAUGGAUACCUUCCUUCUUGAGUUGUCGGUACGCCCCAAAACCAUUGGGUUGGCAUAGGUUGAUGACUGGGUGAUAGUCUCCUAUCUUCUUCCUUACUACCAAACCGUUGCUGAGAUAAAUGGUUCUCCAAACGAUAGUCCGUCUGCCUGAGGUCCUCGCUCUUUCGUCCCUAACUUCAAUAGUUUGAAAUCCAUCUUUAAUCGGGCUGCUUUGCGGCGUUCUGUGCACCUGUCUGCCUUGCGUUCCCCAACUUACAUAUUGCCCUUUGCACCUAUUCCCUCACAUCGUGAGCUUCUAGAGGUGAGUCUUGUGUGGGGUCAGGUCCGCAAAGUAUAGAAUUUUUUCCCGGGCUGGUCAUAUCCAGUAUUUAACUCAUUUUGAGUCCUCCUUCUACACACUGAUAGGGACAUACAUAUCACCACGAGCUCCAUAGUGAGGACUAUCUUGUUCGGACAUAGAGGGCGUGGGCAUUCCAUCCUGAGCCGGUCUCGGAUUUCUUUUCCCAUAGGCCUCCUAAGCCAGAAGUGGGCCCGGUGCUCCAGUUAACCCCAUUCGGAUGACCCUGGUUGUCGGAUGGUGCGUGAGUCAAAACAGGAGUGUCCAGUGUGCCAAAAAAAAAAAAAACCUUUCUUGCUAGGCGUGUCUUGUCACUUUUACCUCUUCUGCCCUCCAUUCUUUCAUGAUCUCCAGAGAAGGGGGGGGAGGAUGAAGUCCUCGUCCCCUGAUGAUGGGUGUCCGACCUAACGUCGGUAUGUCAAUCUUCCAUUGGUGUUGCUGCCGUUGCACCCGCUCUGUCGGAUGGGUUGUUAGCCAGCAUACUGGAGAGGACUUCUUCCCCCGGAGCUGUCAUGGCAGCCUUAAUCCUCGCCUGAAAAUCGGUCGGGGAUAUUGAGGUAAGUCCGACAUGUUGGUUCACACCCUUUCGGUCCGUGGGAGACAGGAUCGUACAACAGUACACUUAUUGCCACUCAGUAGGCCUCCGCGUAUAACUGGGGGUCACCCAGAAUUUUGAUCAAUCAGUAUCAUUUUCGCAGGAUCCGGGGAGUGGUCUGAGAAUGAGGACACCCUCAGUAAGACCGGGAUGAGCGGUCUGCAAUGUCGGGACGUAGCCCGAGUCUGGGAGACGUGAAAGCCUCAAUAUAUAUAGUCCACGGGGUUCAUCCUUAUAUGGUCUAGAAUUGUGGAGUUUUGGCAGCACUGUGAGUUCUCCUUCUCGGUUAAGGGAAGGGCGUACGGAACCCCAGUUGAAGCAUAGAGGUGCCAGAAUACAUGCAUCUAGUGCGCCCUGGUCUGUGCAUACAAUGACAGAGCGUACUCUGAAGGUAGAAGCCCUAGAAAGGGUGCGGGGGGUCACCCCUUUGUACCUAUGCCACUAGCACCGGAGUAAGACUCGCUUGGGGUUCACCCAGCAUAGGGGGGUCACCCCUGUAUGAAUGUCUCUUAUGGCAUGUUGGGACACUCUUUCGGUCUAUGGGGUACCGAACAGGUGUCAGGUACGGUAGUACACUUAUUGCCACUUAGUGGGCCUCCACGUACAACUGGGGGUCACCCAGAAUUGUUUCAAUCAGUACCACUUAGAGAUUUCCUGGGAGUGGUCUGAGGAGGGGGUCACCCUCAAUAAGACUGGGAUGAGCGGUCAGUAAUGUCGGGACGUAGCCCGUGUAUGGGGAGGUAUGGUAGCCUCCAAAUUAUCCAAGGGGUCACCCUUAUAGGAUAUAGUACUGUGGAGAAUUGGCAGCACCAUGAGCUCUCCUUCCUGGCUCUGUCGAUAUACAUGUAUUCAGUGUGACCCGGUCUGUGCAUACAGUAACAGAUCGUACUCCGUGGAAAUGAGCCCGCCCUAGGGCGUGGGGGUUCCCCCCAGUAUAUGUAUGUCACUAGUACCGGAAUAAUAUUCGCUUGGGGUUCACCCAGAGUAGGGGGAUCACCCCAGUAUAUGUAUGUCACUAGGACAGGAACCAGAUUCGCUUGGGGGUCACCCAGCGUAAGGGGGGUCACCCCUGUACCACAAUGUCACUUUGGAGAGGUGUCUGCCACGCUUGGGGGUCACCCAGCGUAAGGGGGAUCACCCCUGUUAAUCACUCCAUUAUGUGCCUCCACUACUGUGUCCUGGGAGGUGUAUCCCUGUGGGGAAGGAGUGUAUCCAAUGGUUGUGAGGUCCAGUGGGAGUAGGGAGCGGAGUAAGAUAUCAGCUCUAUUUAAUUUCCCUGCCAGUAGAUAGAGUAAUGCAUCCACUAUAUACCCACAGCAGGGGACAUUCCAUUCAUAAUCCUCCAGAUGUACAAUAAAACUGUUAUUCAACAUGUCAAUUGUAUAGAACAGAAUAGAGCAAACUGUCAGCAGAUGCACACAGCAGGGAUCAGUCCUACAUAUUCAUGCAGAGUUACAUAUAAAACUUUUAUUUCACAUGCCAAUGAAAUAUGCCAGUAUAGAGCUCAGCAGUGAACAGUCCAUUCAUAAUCUUCCAGGAAAGGUACAUAUAAAACCUUUAUUCCACAUGCCCAUGAACAGUACUGAGCUCAAAAGUACUUGUAAAACUUUUAUUUCACAGGAAAAAUAUAUGAAACAGUACAGAACUAGCCGCCAGUUCGUGGGAAUCACGAACUCGCCAAACGACAUGGCCGACGUGAAUCUCGCGAGUGCCGCGAGAUUCAAGAUGGCCGCCGUUCGCGCGCAAAAGUGCCGUGCGGCCCACGAUCGAGGAUACGAUCGCGGUCUGCCGGCAUGGAAAAGAGUCCCCCCGACAUCCCCAACCCCCAGAGACCUGCCCUGAAGUCCCAGCACCAAUGAAUAAAAAGCGUGCUCGCGGUAAAACGCCGCGAUCCAUGCGAGACCAGAGUAAAGCAUAGGAAAGAAAAGGUGCCAGCAACAGAAAACAGACUAAUAAAGCAGAAAAUACAGGGUUAAUUCAGGGGAAGGGUAACAGGGGGAGAAUAUCACACUAUACAAAUCCAAAUGGAAGGCAAGUGCAAAAUAAUGAAAAACGUUUAGGCCAAAAUUGCAGGACAAGCUAAUAAAGUUUAACAAAAGUGCCCAUGCAUAUCCAGAAACAGUUUGGAGCAAAAACUGAAUGUCUAGCAUUAAAAAUCUAACUAAAGUGACCAUUGCAAUAUUAAUAAAAACAGUUGGAGCAAACUGAAAGUCAAUUAAUAAAGUUUAAUUAAAGUGGUAUCCAGAAAAAACAGUUAGGGUUAAAACUGAAUGUCUAGCAUAAGGUGUCUAACUACAGUGACCAUAGCAAUAUUAAUAAAAACAGUUUGGAACAAACUGAAAGUUAAGCAAUAAAUGAUUAACUAAUGACAAUUGCAAUAUUCAGUAAAACAGUUUGGAGCAAAAUACUCUGACCUGUGCCUUGGCUGGUAAGCAGCAAAGAAAGAGGAAGUCAUGUGACUGUCAGGGCUUUAUAUAUGAAUGUGAUGCCUGUUACUGAUUGGUUUAAAGUUUAUUGAUUGACUUGUGCUGCUGGAGGCAUAAAGUAAAGAAAGUUAUGCAAAAUAUGAAGCCUCCUGUCAUGUGAUAAAAUUAGGGGUUUCUGCCUUUCUCUGUCCUGUAGUGCAUAGAAUCAUCAGCUUACUGGGAGCAUACCAUCCAGAUCCUGUCAGCACAGUGGGGGGCUACUUCCCUCUCUAAUGGAGCUUUUUAAACCCAGAGCCAGGGGUGAUAAGGCUCUGGUCCAUGUGAGUUCUCCCCAUUGUCCCCUACUGUAUAUUACACUAUCCAGAUUGUCUGGACUAUAUUGUGUUUUGUUUUGUUACCUGUAGAAUUGUUUUGUCAUCAGUUCAAGCACACUCAAUUUUGGUAAUAUUUUAUAUAUAUAUAUAUAUAUGUAUUAAGGCAGUUUUGCCUGUAUUUGUGGGAGGGGCUUAAAUUAAUUCACUCCCCUAUAUAAGGGACACCCCUUACCUGACUCAUAUCGCUUGAGGUCAGCAUCAGAAUGAUUUCCACUUCCGGGUCAUCCAGACGCCAUUUUACCUGAUUACUCCAUGAGGUUUUCUAAGCAGAGCUGUGUCAAGAAUCCAGCCACAGGCUUUUCCGGCCUACCACCUUCUUUCUUCAAUCCAUCGCCGUGGAUGGUGUCCAAGUGACUCACAAACAGUAAGUCGACCUACCCGUUACGCCAGGCAUCAGUCCCACGGCACCAUGCACGGGUCAGGUCCUCACUUUACGGCUGCAUUUUGUCUAUGUCUGUUCUAAAACCAUUGCAUGUUCAUGCAUAUCAUUCGUUUAAACCCCCUACCGGUCUUUGGGUGUACUACAGGCUUCUUAGACAUUAUUGCAUUUCAUGUACAAACCAACGAACCACUGCAUUUUCGCCUACACACUGACCCCUACCGGUCUUUGGGUGUACUACAGGCUUCUUAGACAUUAUUGCAUUUCAUGUACAAACCAACGAACCACUGCAUUUUCGCCUACACAUUGACCCCUACCGGUCAUUCGGUGUACUACCGGCUUCUCAGACAUUAUUGCAUUUCAUGUAAAAACCAACCAAACACCGCAUUUUCACCUACACACUGACCCCUAUCGGUCAUUCGGUGUAUUACAGGCAUCUUAGACGUUUUUUGCAUUUUCAUGUACAAACCAAUAAACGACCUCAUUUUCACCUACACACUGACCCCUACCGGUUUUUGGUGUACUACAGGCUUCUUAGACAUUAAAGCAUUUCAUGUACAAAUAAACGAAUCACUGCAUUUGCACCUACACACUGACCCCUACUGGUCAUUUGGUGUACUACAGGCUUCUCAGACAUUAUUGCAUUUCAUGUACAAAUCAACGAAUCACUGCAUUUGCGCCUACACACUGACCCCUACUGGUCAUUUAGUGUACUACAGGCUUCUUAAAUAUUAUCGCAUUUCAUGUACAAAUCAACGAACCACUGCAUUUACGCCUACACACUGACCCCUACCGGUCAUUCGGUGUACUACGGGCUUCUCAGACAUUAUUGCAUUUCGUGUAUAAACCAACAAACCACUGCAAUUUUCACCUACACACUGACCCCUAUCAGUCAUUCGGUGUACUACAGGCUUCUUAGACGAUUUUGCUUUUCAUGUACAAAACCAUAAACCACUGCAUUUCACCUACACACUGACCCUUACGAGUCAUUCAGUGUACUACAGGCUUCUCAGACAUUAUUGCAUUUCAUGUACAAACCAACGAACCACUGCAUUUGUGCCUACACACUGACCCCUACAGGUCAUUCAGUGUACUACAGGCUUCUCAGACAUUAUUGCAUUUCAUGUACAAACCAACUAACCACGGCAUUUUCGCCUACAUGCUGACCCCGACCGGUAAAUCAGUAUACUACAGGCUUUUUUAGAUUUUAUUCCACUUCAUAAGCAAACAAACGAACUACAGCAUUUUCGCUUUUAUACUGACUCCUAUCUGUCAAAUGGUAGCAUUAACCCCUUAAGGACACAUGACAUGUGUGACGUGUAAUGAUCCCCUUUUAUUCCAGAAGUUUGGUCCUUAAGGGGUUAAAGGGUAUUUUAACAUACAAUCAGCAUUUCUGACCCCUACUGGUCAACAGCAAAACUGUCUUCACAUGUCAUAUACAAUUUACCAGCCAAUAUAAAUUACACAUAAGAUUGUUUUAAACAUAACUAUAGACCAUAAAUUAAACUCCAGCACGGGCUCAACUUCAGGUUUAAUUCACAAUAAUUUACAUUUCACAUCAAGACCAACAGUGGUUCUAUCAACACUGCCACCUACAGGUCUGUCAAGUACAUUGACAAUUUUCAUGGGGUUUUACAAACACCAAAACACUGACACCUAUAGGUCAACAGACAAACAACAUUUCACAUACCAAUCAGUAUCCAACUACACUGCCACCUAUAGGGCACUCGGCAGAUCUCCAGUGCACUUGCAUUUUGCAACACCAUGUUCACUGACCCCUACCAUUCAAUAAGACAUACAACAAUUCACAUAGCAAUCACUAUGUCAACAUCUGGUAUAAAUACAUAUAUUAUUACACAGUAGCAGACGCAUCUGUAUAUAUGUAACUGGUAAUAUAGUUCACAUACAUUUUUCACAGCACGCUGCUCCCGCAACAGACUUCCCCUAGCAAGGGGACAUACAACAUACAAGGUGGGGACAGACCACAUUUUCACUUGUACAUACGGCACUUAAUGGGUUAAGAUUGAUACAUAUUUAACCAGUAUGGCUACGAUGUUUAAUAUUUACACAUCACGUCACUUUACUUUUCACAUAUACUGUACGUAUUAAGAUAAGCUUGGUCUAUGCCAUAUUUCCUUAUGCCAUACGGUUUUAUCCAUUCAGGUUACAGUUACUACUAAAAAACCUAUACGGAUUGUCAGGUUCAAUACCAUACUACCAGGUACAUACACCUGCUCACGUAGUUAUCCAUCUCUUACCUUCCCUGGAAUAGUAAUAGUGUACUGGCAAUUAGGGUUCUAGGGCCCAAUAGGUAUUACCCCCUUUUUUCUCUGCAUUAUGCUUCGGUUAGUGGUCCCGCGAGGCCAACACCCCGCCUCACACUCGGAGGCAUACACCCCUCGGGCCACUCGUGAGCUAGCCGCCUCGCAUUGUAUCAUAGAGAGGACCUCACCUGUCACUCCCCUUCCUAUUUUCUGGUUACUGUCACCGAGAGGCCAACAUCCUGCCACAACGUUCGGUGGCCACACAAAAUCCCCUCGCGCCAAGCAUAGAUAGAGCCUCUCAAGCCACUUGGCAACUAGCAGGGCCUCACCAGUCACCAAAAAACACCAAGCCUAAUCGUUUCGCCUUACGGCUUAGCUAGCAAGCCAGUACAAGAACCCUGGGUACAAAUAAUAAUUGCAAUCUUUAUUGUUAUUUAAGUAUUUCUCAAAAAGAUGGUGAAGAAUCACCUCUUCCUAGCACCCCGGCUAGAAUUGAUACACCUUCAAGCAGAGGAGAUGUUGCUAGUCCAGCAGCAAUCAGAUCCUGGACGAUCCCACACAUUACCACCGACCUAAGGAGGUGACAAAUCCCCUACCCUGCUACAGCAAGGAAAGCAGUUAUUCAAACUCCUCCAUACAUCAACGGACAACACGGAGGCAGGGGAAGGCCCAGCUACAUCAACUCAGGUGACACCCAGGCUAUGCUAGCUUCACUCAUAAACUCAUGAGCCAAAAAAUUUAUGACAGACUGGCAAUCUCGAGUUGGUCACCACAGCCCUCACAAGGCUGGGCCUCACGCUACUGUACAACCAGCACCAACCGAAACUCGGUUACCUGGUACAAUCAAUUCUUAUGACACACAAGAUGUUAAACCUGCACGUAUGAUCCCAGCACAUUGGGGAAACAAGGCAUAUAUAUGUAUGAUGAUGUAUCUGUGAUGGUCAGAUCCAGGGAUUCCAGGUAAAUCGGGAACUGACCAUCCCUUGGUUGGGUUGGCAUUUGGAAUAUGUGGAGAUGUUUAUUUGUGCAGGUACCCAUACAGAAGGGAUUUUGUCCCAAACAAAUGGACGAGCACUCUCAGGCUCCAGGUACCAGCACCUCUGAACUACCAGAGACCACUGAUAUGAGUAGUUGCAUUGCAUACAGACUGUUGCAUAUAUGUUCAAAUAGUUCAGGGCACAUGACAAACCAUGUGUCCCAAUACAACUUACAAAUAACGUAUUCACCAUCUGUACACACCAAUGCAUUUUCAACACUACUGACUCAUCACCCUUCCAGACUUGUAGUAGGUUUACUAAAGCUCUGGAGCUUCAAAGGGCUCCCAUACAGGUAUCAUAAACACACCUUCAAGGAAUAUAGCAUGCCCUCCCUUACAGUCAGCACAACAAAACCAUUGGCUGUAAACACACUCCUAGCCAAGAUUUGCAGAGGGGUCUUCCAAUCUCCACCAUUUACAGCAUGGCACCAAACACACACAUUGGUAUUGUCACAAGGAAUCUUCCCUUAAACAAAGACUAACCAUGGACUUAUUGGUAACACACACCUCCGCUACCCCAAGUCUCAACUCCCUCAUACCCUCCGAGGAUUUUUCUUACUAUACAACACCAUUGAUCUACCUUUACAGCUAUCACUCAAGCAUGGGUUGAAGCUUGAUUAAGUAAGACCAAUAUCAUCAACGCAGUAAACGGCUACCAUCUACCCUACACACUGGCACUUACAUGGCAUAAAUUGGGCAAUCCUUUCCCCGCUCAACUUUCGAGCUACAGAUUAGCCUACUAUCGAUAUUCGCAGAUACUCUGUGCUGGUUAUGAUAACAUAUCCAGAGGCCUUACAGUCAUACACUAUCUAGAAGACUUCUUGUUAAUCAAAGAAAGCAUAUUUUUCACUAGAAGCCUCACGGCAGCUUAGUCUGGUUGACCACUUGGGCGUCCCAGUACCCCAUAAGAAACAGAAGGCCCAGACACUAUCUUCACAUUACUGGGCAUAUGACUUGAGUCGGCAUCCAUACACGCAAGUUACCACAAGACAAAUAGGGAACAUUCUCAACUACAUCAAUCACUACCUCCUGCUUAGUACUUACAACUGCAAGGAACUACGAUCCCUACCAGGUUCCUUAAUUUUGCCAUGCUUUCACAUCCAGAGUACUUUCCCCUUUUUUCCACACUUCCAACAUGACGAUCAGAGGAGGUGCCUAGACACCUCAGCAACAGCAGACCUGCACAUGGGGGGGGAUUUCUUAACCACUUGGCAUGGUAAAAGCAUGUUCCUUCCAGGAUUGUCUGACACUUCUCCAACCAGAUGGUCAGACGCAGCGUAUACCACGGGUUUGGCAGCGAUCUACCGGGAACAAUUGCUUUGGGGCUGUUGGCCAUGGCAUCCAGGUUUGGAAAUUUUUCCACCACUUCAGCCCCUUUGGGAGAUCUACCCCAUUGUAGCAGCUGCUGUGGCAUGGGGUAAAUCAUGGUCAGGGUCAUCAAUCCGUUGUUACUCAGACAACUAAGCACAUGCCAUAUCAUCAACAAACGCCACUACUCAUCCAUAAGUUCAUGAUGUUUCUGGGGAACUCACUUGGUUGGCCACUUAUCACAUUUCACUUUCAUGUACCAGACGGGGGUAUACAUCCCUGCCGACAACUGUCUCAUUUAUAUUCCAGGCAUGUUCAUCAUACGCUUCCUACAGCCGCCCAUACAGUCACGUCCACUCUUUCGUUCCAGAGACAAAAUCAUGGAUUAGACAUACUCAUGCAGCAUAGCAUGCACUAUCCCACCUAGCACUUUCGUCCCAUACUUGUAGAACGCAUAACACAGCUUUUCACCUGGCUUAAAGAAUCUCAUUGGAACACGACAUAGCUCAACCUGUGUCACAAAAUUUCUCCUAAGUUUUGCUUAUUUUUGCCACCUUAAACUUAAACUAUCUCAUACACCAUUAAUUCUAUAUUUUACAGGCAUUCAACGACACAUGAUAACCUAUGGCCAAAACUACCAUAAACUUCAUGCUAUCAUACCAGAAAAGAAUAUACUCAGAGGUUUUCAGGAAUCCAUUCCCCCACGUUCCUCUCAGAGAUUACCAAUAGCCAUCCAACUGUUCAUCCUUAUCGGACCUAUUAGAUCUACAACCAUUCAAUUAUACUACCAAGUCGGCCAUUACCAGCCAUGCACAUUGCCUUUUAUGCCUUUCUCAGGCCAGAGAAUCCACUACCAUCACCACCACUCAGACAGAUCAUUGUCUUCAACGAUCCCACGUACGUAAACACAUAUAUCAUUACCUAUUGGCUCUACCACAUUCCGAAAUGAGUCAACAUGCACCAACAGUAGAGAUAACAUACUAUCCUACCCACAACAAAUGGUGCCCACUUUCGGUCCUAGAUUCCUACCUUCAAAAUCCUUUCAGGAAUUAAAUACUGUAAUGCAUUUAAGGAAAUGUCUGGUUAAUUUGUAUAUAUUUGUUGACUGUAUUAAAUCUUUGAUUAUUCAUUUUUGCCCUCUUUAUUUACAGGCCUACCGUAUCGUCGGUAUCGGCACACCACAACCGACUUGCUCCCUUUACACUAUCCUAAGCUUAUGCUGGAUCCUUACUCCAUAUACGGCUAUUUUGCCCCUUACACAAGUAUUAAGGCAGUUUUGCCUGUAUUUGUGGGAGGGGCUUAAAUUAAUUCACUCCCCUAUAUAAGGGACACCCCUUACCUGACUCAUAUCGCUUGAGGUCAGCAUCAGAAUGACCCUCCCACCCACUCCUCAUUUCAACACUUUCUCUUUUCUUUCCAUUUACUUUACUUUCUUACUCCUUGGUGGGCCCUCUUUAUUUACAGGCCUACCGUAUCGUAUCGGCACACCACAACCGGUAUCGGCACACCACAACCGACUUGCUCCCUUUACACUAUCCUAAGCUUAUGCUGGAUCCUUACUCCAUAUACAGCUAUUUUGCCCCUUACACAAAUAUAUAUAUAUAUAUAUAUAUAUAUAUAUAUAUAUAUAUAUAUAUAUAUAUAUAUAUAUAUAUAUAUAUAUAUAUAUAUAUAUAUAUAUAUAUAUAUAUAUAUAUAUAUAUAUAUAUAUGUGUGUGUAUAUACACACACACACAUUUUAUAACUGCCCCCCUACUUUUGUCCCUGGCCCCUUAUGUGCCCCCCAUAAGUAUGAAUCCUGGAGACGCCGCUGAGUGGGGGUUAGUUCCCUCUCCAGUGGAGCUUUUUAAACCCAGAGCCAGGGGUGAUAAGGCUCUGGUCCAAGUGAGUUCUCCCCAUUAUCCCAUACUGUAUAUUACACUGUCCAGAUUGUCUGGACUAUAUUGUGUGGGGUUUUUUUUUGUUUCUUGUAGAAUUAUUUUGUCGUCAGUUCAAGAACACUCAAUUUUGGUAAUAUUUUAUAUAUAUAUAUAUAUAUAUAUAUAUAUAUAUAUAUAUAUAUAUAUAUAUAUAUAUAUAUAUAUAUAUAUAUAUAUAUAUAUAUAUAUAUAUAUAUAUAUAUAUAUAUAUAUAUAUAUAUAUAUAUAUAUAUAUAUAUACACACACACACACACACAUGUUUUAUAACUGCCCCCCUACUUUUGUCUCUGGCCCAUUAUGUAUAUACUGCAUAUAUAUAUACUGGCUGGUCCCACUUUAAACAGGAGUGGCUUGCAGAGCAUCAUGGGAGUUGUAGAUUUGUAACUGCUAGUGAGUUUACCUGUUAACUACCACUGUGCUAGUAUACAAGUUUCAAUGAAUCAAUGUGGUUUAAUUACAGGAUACAUAACAUUAAAUGACUGGGCAACAGCUCUGGAAUCUGUUUUGAAACUGGGUCUCCCAUGGAGAAUGUUGAGGCCGCAGCUAAUCGGUAGUUCUCCAGAAGGGCUACUGAGAUACAGGGACUGGUUUGAUGAACUCUCUGCAUGUCAGCCAACUCGAGAGGUACUGGUUUGAGUCUGAAAAUCAAGUUUAGAUUUCCAUGUUUUAUCUAUACUUAUGAAUAUUUAAUAUAGGACAAAGACAAAUGCCAGGGAUGUCAUAUAGCAGUAGCAUUGUAAUAAAAAAAUACUUUUUAGCUUUAAAGGGAUAUCCAAAAGCUGAAUCAUAGGGUUGACUGUCAUUAACUUACCCGCUCCAGGUGCCCACACUGCUCCACUCAUCGGGCCGCGUUAGCCGUACGCUUUGUGCAGUUAAGCUGCUCCACUUCUCAGGUUGCGCAGACUGAAUGCUCCACGCUGCCACGCGACCUGAUCAGGGAAACAUUAUAUACUUGCCAUUUGGCCUGGCCAGCAGCUCCUUCCUUUCCUGGUGUGCGCAGGCCAAAAUUCACACAACUAUUUUCUUCCCUGUAUAAUCAUAGACACUGCCUGAAUUGCUUGAAUGGUGCUUCUUUUAUUGAUUCAAAUGUUGUGACAUCACACCUGCCCUUAAAGAAAUCACGUCAUCCAGGUUACCUCUUUAUUAAUUAUUAUGGAGUCGCAGAGAUGACAUGGACGAUUCAGAACUAUUGUUAGACUUUAUAAUUCUAAUUUGGGCCCUUAUUAAGUGCCCUAUCAUGGUUUCUGCUUUGAUACACAUUAGUGUUUAUAGUAAGUCUCCCUUGAUAUUCUGAUAUUGACCUUGCCUUGUAUUUGACUUCAAGUAUUUCUGGUAUCCUGACUGUGGCAAACCACCAAGAUAUUACCGCCACGGAUUCCCUUUUCCCCAAAUAUCACAGCUCCAAUAAUCCUGAAAGUAAAUAUCGCCAGUAUCUAAUUUCCCCUCACACAUGAGCCGAGGCUUAAUGCUGGGAGUAGAACUGUUUAAUGCAGACACAGUCACAGAAUUUAUACAUACAGUAAACUCCUCCCCUGUGCCUGAGAGAUAAUUGAGCCAGGAACUGUACAAACUCAAUUUUCUUCAGGUACAGAAACACAAAACAAUUUUCAAACACCCCAAAAGUACCCAUAAAAUCCAUGGAAAAAGUCACAUACUCGAACAGCCCUGAUCUGAAUGACCAUCAUAUCCAAAAAUCACUUUGGUAGUUUUGAAUUGCCAUCACAGGCCUGCCACGAGGUCGAAGCCCAAAAUAGUUCCAGGGAAAUUGUGGCAAGGGCCAGUCUCCAUUCACGGGAUAUUGUACGAAAAUCACAUAGUUUAUACGAAGGAUUUCAAGUGUAAAUUGCUCCCCUCAUUCUGUAGUUUAUAUCGCCAUUCAUAUAGGUGGUCUGGAAUUUAAACGGGCAGCAGGUCUAUUUUCACUGGCAUUCGCGGGAAUGCCUGGCCAAAAUCAGUUCCAGGCACUCCACGACUAAGUCCUGCUGCCUGUGUUCGGGAGACAAAAUGUCCGACAUCCAUUCUGUCGACCACGUGUUUUCGCUUGCACUAAAUGGCGGCCACCCAGUGGAGCAUUCUGUUAAUUAUUCCAUUGUGGUUUUCUUACUCAGUGUUCCACGUUCUAAUGAGGUUCUGGGGUGGUCCUCGUUCGGGAAUCAAAACAGGUGGGUAUGAACAAAUAAACAAUUAUCCAUAAAAUGAAAUGUGCUGAACCAAGUGGUGGGGCAUUCCUUCGCACUGCUUCCCCUUUGCUCACGGCUCCAGCAACUUGGGGAUGUCUGGGAAAAAAAAUUAGUCUAUAAGUUGACAGCUCAGUCUGGCGUGAUAGCCCGUCUGCAUUCCCGUUUUGUUUCCCGGGUCUGUAGUGGAUGGUGAAAUCAUAAGGUUGCAGGGCUAGACUCCACCUCAGUGACCCGGUUGAGCCAGACUAAGGGGUUGUGGUCAGUGAUGAGAGUGAAAGCGGGGCCAUACAGAUACAGGCUUAACUUCUUUAGUGCCCACACCAGGGCUAAGCACUCUUCCUCAAUGGCCACAUAGCUGACCUCUCGGGGUAAUAAUUUCUGACUCAAGAAGGCCACUGGAUGCUCUCCCCCGUCCUGUCUGACCUGGCUUCCCCCAGUCCAAACAUUAAAGCAUCUGUUUGGACAAUAAAACGUUUGUUAGGAUCUGGGGCAGCCAGGACAGGUGCAUUGACAAGAGCUUUUUUUCAAGGCUUGGAACGCUGUCUGACAUUCUGGGGACCACACGACCUGCCUAGGUAAGUUCUUUUUGGUCAAGUCAGUCAGGGGUUUGGCCAUAGCACUAUACUCUGGGACAAAGUGUCUGUAGUAGCCGGCUGUUCAUAGGAAAGCCAUUACAUGUGUUUUGGUAGGGAGAGUGGGCCAAUUAGCAAUGGCCUCAAUCUUGGCUGGUUCAGGCCAUUGCUUACCACAUCCUACACGGUGGGCAAGAUACUGUACCUCCGCCAUACCAAUAUGACACUUGUCUGGUUUCAAUGUUAGGCCGGCUCCCCUAAUCCUGUCUAGUAUGGUGCCUACAUGCUCUAAGUGAGCAUCCCAGGUGUUGCUGUAGAUGGCUAUGUCAUCCAGUUAUGCACAAGCAUAAUCCUGGAGACCAUCUAGGAGGCGAUCCACCAUCCUUUGGUGGCAAGGGCAUUCUUCAUUCCGAACGGCAUAACCCGGAACUGGUAUAAGCCGAACGGAGUAACGAAGGCCGGUUUGGGAAUAGCCUCCUGCUAGGGGAAUCUGCCAAUACCCUUUGCAGAGAUCAAUAGUGGUCAGAUAACAUCCCCUAGCUAUACGGUCUAAUAAUUUGUCGACCCUCGGACUACAGGUGAGGUCCAAGGACACACAGAGUGUUGACCCCUAAGCAGAUCAUUUCAUUUAUUUAUUCCGCAUUCUUACCGGGACUGCCUCAGGAAUGCGGUAUGGGGGUUGUUUCAAUGGGGCCUGGCCUGGGGUGUCUACCUUGUAGUGAAUCCUGGUUCUUGGGAGAAGGUUGCCUGUUUGGCUUCCAGCAGUUGGCUUGCUUGGGUUCGUUCCUGCAUUCCCAGUCAUUCCCCUAGCUGUACCAACUCUAUGGCCCCUUCUCUGGAGUCACCUCCUAACAAGUUGGGUAAGGGUAGGGCAUCAGGAUCCUCUGAUGCUGGGGCACACACUGCAGCUACUUCUUCCUCUCUGCCUUUUUUUCCUUGAGCAUGUUAAUGUGAAACAUCAAUUUCACCUGCUCAUUCUCACAACUGGCUACCGUGUAAGUGGUGUCACAUACCUGCCAAAUAACUUUGUAAGGUCCCUGCCAUGCUGCCUGUAGUUUAUCAUGUCGUACUGGCUUGAGUACCAUGACCUUUUGUCCGAGCUGGAAACUACGGUGCCUAGCUCUCCAGUCAUACCAUACUCGCUGGCACUUUUGAGCUGCCUGGAGGUUCUUGCGUAGCGUCUGGGCCAAUGCCUCCAUUAGGUCCCUUAGCUUAAGCACAUAUGGUACAAUCAGGGUCCCCGCUAUCUCUGUCUCCCCUUCCAAAUGCUCUCGAAUAAGGUCUAGGGUCCCCGCACCCACCUUCCAUAUAACAACUCAAAUGGGGAAAACCCAUUUGAUUCCUGUGGCACCUCCCUAUAAGCAAAUAGGAGGUGUGUCAGGAACUGUUCCCAAUCUCUGCAAGUGGUCGUGAACGUCCUUAAUAUUUGUUUAAGGGUUCCAUCGAACCGCUCACAGAGACCGUUAGUCUAAGGGUGAUAAGGGGAGCUCAUAAGGGGCUUUAUCCCACAGACUUUCCAUAGCUGGUGGGUUACCUCAGCAGUGAACAGAGUAGCCUGAUAAGAAAGGAUCUCCCUGGGAAAUCCUACUAGGGAGAAUAUUUUGACUAGGGCAUCAGCCACCGUCUCGGCCUGGAUGUUUGAUACAGCCACAGCCUCGGGGUACCGGGUUGCGUAGUCCACUACGGUAAGGAUAUUUUGCUUACUGGAGCAACUAGGCUGGGCUAAAGGUCCUAUCAGGUCCACCGCUACUCGGCUAAAGGGCUCUUCAAUAAUAGGCAUAGAAAUCAACUUAGCCUUUGGGUGGUCCCCACUUUUGCCUACCCGCUCUCAUUCUUCACAAGCCUGGCAAACCUGGCAAUACUGCCGGACAUACUUUGAUAUCCCAGCCCAAAAAGUUCUGGGUUAUGUGGUAAGAUGUCCGUGGUAUUCCCAGAUGCCCUGCUGAUGGUACGUUGUGCCCUACUUUCAGUAACUCCAGACGGUAUUUCUGAGGUACUACCAGUUGACACUUCUGAAUGGGCCCAGGAGUGUUUAACUUGGAUUCAGUAAUCCGAUAUAACCGUCUCACUUUCCACACAAACUGCUCUCCGCCUAACCCUUCCUGAUCUGUUAUGGCUCUCUCCCUAUACUUCUGCAGGGAGGGAUCUCCCGCUACUUCCUUUCCAAAGUCCUCAGGGGUAUCCCAGGGGAGGGGUUCUACAGUUAGUCAGGGUAGGGGUUCUUGCCUGGGCCUCAACAGAAUGUGAGUGGGUAUCCAUAGUUGGGUAAGGGUAGGUAGCUCUGGGCUCUGGUAGUCACGGCUUGCACUUCAUGGUUUGUUGUGGAAGCGAAAGCAGAAGUUAGGGGUCCUAAGUCAUUCCCUAACAGAACCUCGGCUGGCAAGUCUUUCAUCACUCUGACAUCCACAGUACCAGCUCCUGCUCCAAAAUCUAGGUGUGCCCGGGCAAUAGGAAGUCAAUAAAUAGCUCUUCCUGCCACCCGAACUACAACAGUUUUCCCAGGACGUUUGCUGUUACCCACCCCUAGUGGUUCUUCUUGGUUCAGCUCCAUAGCUUUCCAUGUCUAGGAAAUGGGAUGGUCUAUGCAGUGGGCAGUGGCCUGGGGAGUUGUGGUCCCUGGCCGAGUCCUGUUGAGUCUAGGUGGCUCCAGGGGACAAUUGUUCUGUAGGUGACCUAUUUAUGUGCACCGAAAGCAGCGGAACCCAGUCUGCCACCAAAUGUGGCGGAUCGCCAACACGGAUUCCCUUUUCCCCAAAUAUCACAGCUCCAAUAAUCCAGAAAGUAAAUAUUACCAAUAUCACAUUUCCCCUCACACAUGAGCCGAGGCUUAAUGCUGGGAGUAGAACUGUUUAAUGCAGGCACAAUCACAUAAUUUAUACAUAGAGUAAACUCCUCCCUUGUGCCUGAGGAAUAAUUGAGUCAGGAACUGUACAAACUCAAUUAUCAUAUCCAAAAAUCACUCAGAUCGAUUUGGUAGUUUUGAAUUGCCAUCUCGGGCAAGUUUUGACCGGCCUGCCACGAGGUCGAAACCCACAAUAGUUCCAAGGAAAUCAUAGCAAGUGCCGGUCUCUGUUCGCGAGAUAUUGUACGAAAACCACAUAGUUUAUACAAAAGAUUUCAAGUGUAGAAUGUUCCCCUAAUUCGGUAGUUUAUAUCUCCCGAACGCAGUACGUAUAGGUGGUUGGGAACUUGAACGGGCAGCAGCUCUAUUUUCACCGGCGAUUGUGGGAAUCCCUGGCCAAAAUCAGUUCCAGGCACUCCACGACCAAGUCCCGCUGCCUGCGUUCAGGAGACAAAAUGGCCACCAUCUAUUCUGUCGACCCCGUGCGUUUGGUUGCACGAAAUGACAGCCACUACUAAUUGUUUCUGUUGCGGUUUUCAUACUGGAUACUUAGUGUUCCACAUUCUAAUGAGGUUCUGGGGUGGUCCACGUUCUGGAACCGAACCAGGAGGGUACGAACAAAUAAACGAUUAUCCAUAAAACUAAAUGUGCCGAACCAAGUGAUGGGGUAUUCUUUCACACUGACCCAGCUUGUUAUUUUGUUUUUCCACAUUUCUAUAAUACUGACCUUGGCUAAUUCUGACAUUGUCUCUAUUAACAUUAAAUCCUGCCACUCUAGGGCCCGGUAAUACAUCUAUUUAGAACCUUUGUCUGUGGGAUUUGCCUUUUCCUGUACGACAGUGACAGAUAGACUUGACUUUGAAGAUUAUUAUGGCAGCAAAUACCCUAUUAACAUCAAAAUAUUUAAAUCUUGUAAAACAUGUAAAAUGUUUUUAGUGUUUUGCACUUAACCCUAUGUAGACAGGCUUAUGUUAAUCAAUAACUUAAUUGAUGAGAUUAAUAGUAGCUUCUUAAAGGCACACUCCAAGCAAUUUCUUGUAGGGGUUAUGUUUCUUUGACACAAUAAGUAAAGCCCACCCACAUUUUUUUCCAUGCAAUUUUUAAAGCGAUAUGACAAAAACAGGGAAUUACCCUGCACCGUAAUCCCACCCUUUUGCUGAGGGCAUCACAAUGAGGAAGUUCACUUCCUCAUGAUCCCUAAAUAAGUGUAUGUCUAUUUGGAGUUAUUUGCUAUGCCUCUACAUUGCUUUUGUAUUGAUUUAUCCAUGGCCAUGGGUAGAGAUUACUAUGUAGAGACACAAAAGAACAUCUGUACUUAUUUUACUAUACAUUUCUACUAGUUGUUUUCUUAUUAUGCCUCCACAGUUUAUACCAUAGAUAAAUCACUAUGUAUGUAAUUGGAUUUAUAACAUUAUAAUAUUGUAAUAUUUCCCUUUAUCAUUCAAUAAAUGUCAAGACUGAUUUAUCUUUGAAGAAACUAAAUGCUAAUGAAAGAUGAAAGAUGCUAAUGUUAACAAACUCUAUUUUGCAGAAUUUACAUUCAAGUUUGCUGGAAGCUCUCUACAGGAACAGAUCAGAUCUGGAGACAAUAUUUAGGAUAAUAGACAGUGAUAGCUCUGGUAAGUAAUAAGAGUAAUUUGCAGGAACAUAACAUUUGUAAAAAUAAUAAAUAAAUAAAUCAGACAGCCUGAUGUGUUUGCUCAGGAUGUUAAAACACUAAAUAUAAGUCUAGUUUAAACUUCCAAAGUUGCAGGUUCUAUUCCUCACAGUAUUAAAUAGAAAAUUCAGGCAUCCAACAAUUAUUUUGCAGACUUUUAAUGGAAACAGCAAGGAAGAGGUGACAAUGCUUAGGCCAGAUAACUUGACUCUGCAAGGAGCUCAUUAUUUCUCUGUGGUAAUAUUCCCAAGGUUCAUUAAAUUAUUACUAUGGAAUUAGUUAAAGGAACACUCUAGUCACCUAAAUUACUUUAGCUAAAUAAAGCAGUUUUAGUGUAUAGAUCAUUCCCCUGCAAUUUUACUGCUCAAUUCACUGUCAUUUAGGAGUUAAAUCACUUUGUUUCUGUUUAUGCCGCCCUAGCCACACCUCCCUGGCUAUGAUUGACAGAGCCUGCAUGGAAAAAAAAACUUUCAAACAGAUGUAAUUUACCUUAAAUAAUUGUAUCUCAAUCUCUAAAUUGAACUUUAAUCACAUACAGGAGGCUCUUGCAGGGUCUAGCAAACUAUUCACAUAGCAGGGGAUAAGAAAAUCUUAAUUAAACAGAACUUGCAAUAAAGAAAGCCUAAACAGGGCUCUCUUUACAGGACGUGUUCAUGGAAGGCUGUGCAAGUCACAGGGAGGUGUGACUAGGGUUCAUAAACAAAGGGAUUUAACUCCUAAAUGGCAGAGGAUUGAGGCUGCAGGGGCAUGUUCUAUACACCAAAACUGCUUCAUUAAGCUAAAGUAGUUCAGGUGACUAUAGUGUCCCUUUAAUGGUCAUGUUGUAUGAGUGGAUUCUGUUAAGUUGGUAUUAGACACUUUAUAUGUCAAAUAAAGUGGAUAGGGAGGAAUGGGAAUGAUAUUUACAUAGGCUGAAAAUAAACCAUCAAGUUUAGAUUUUCUCACAUUUGUUUUUGCUCUUGAUCCAAAAUGCAAAAAUCCCUGUUUGAACACUUUUCAAUUUUGCAACAAACUACAAAUACAUUCCUACUUGACUCCAAAACGGCAGUAAGAUUUCUCUUUGGAUCAAGAAGCAAUUAUCCCAUAAAUAAAAAAAUUAUAUCCAUGAAUAUUUAGUUUCUGCAAGUAUUCAUCCAGUCAGUGGCAUAACUACCACGGCCGCAGGGGUUGCAGUGGCGACCAGGCCCGUCACUCUAGGGGGCCUGGCCACCACUGACGGCCGUGAGCCACCAGCAUAGCAGCACCAGCUGGGGCCCGUGGAUGUAGUCUAACCGGUAGGAGGGAAGCCAUAUGCUGUGCUGCUCCCCUCCUGGCACUGUGUGUAGUGCAGUCGAGCUGUCUGACAGGAAGUGCUCACUAAGAGAGCACUUACUAUCAGACUCAGACGUGUACCGCGGCCAAAAGGUACUGGGAGUUGGGGGAGAGAAAAAUAGAGGGUCUGCAGGGGAAGGGGAGGGUGGGAGAGAAAUGGAGGUUCUGCAUGGGGAAGGACGGAGAUGGAGGAUCUGCAGUGAAAGGGGGAGAAUGGAGAAUCUGCAUAGGAAGGGGGGAUGAAGGGUCUGCAGGGGAAGGGCAGGGGAGAGACAUGGAGGAUUUACAGGAGAAGGGGUGAGAAAUGGAGGAUCUGCAGGGGAAGGCGGCGGAAUGAGGGGUCUGCAGGGGAAGGCAGGAGGAAUGGAGGGUCUGCAGGGGAAGGGGGGAAUGGAGGGUCUGCAGGGGAAGGGGGAAAUGGAUUGGGUGCAGGGGAAGGGGGGAAUGAAGGGUCUGCAGGGGAAGGGGGGAAUAGAGGGGCUGCAGGGGAAGGGGGUAGACAAAUGGAAGGGCUGCAGGGUCGUGGAGAGAAAUGGAAAUGGAGGAGGGGGAGAGAAAUGGAGGGGAGUGGGGAGAAAUGAAGGGUCUGCAAGGGGGGAGAGAAUGGAGGGGCUGCGGGGAAAGGUUGGGGAGAGAGAAAUGGAGGGCUACAAGGGGAGAGACACACAAGGAGGGGUAAGAGUGAAGGAGGGAGAAAGAUACGUGGAGCGGCUUCUGUGGGAAAUGAGACACAUGGAGGGUCUGGGAGGAGCAAAUGAGACACUUGGGGGUUAAUGAGACACAUAGGGGAAAAUGAGACACAUGGAGGUGCCUGGGGGAAUGAGACACAUGGAGGUGUUUUGGGGAUGAUGAGACACAUUAAGGAGCUUGGGGGAAAUGAGACAUGUGGAGGGGCUCGGGGGGAGGGAAUUAUACACCUGGAGGGGCUGAGGUGGGGAAAUGAGACACUUGUAGCAGCUGGAGGAGGGAAUGAGACACAUGGGGGGAUGAGACACAUGGAGGGGCUCGGGGGAGGGAAUGAUACACAUGGAGGGGCUGAGGUGGGGAAAUGAGACAAUAGUAAUAACAAAUAAAUGUACAAUGUGGAAAGGAGUAAGUGAAAAGCUCUACACACCUAAAAGUGGUAUCCCCUACACCGCUUUAGAAAAUGAACAAUAUAAAUACAUACGUAAGGUGGAGCUUCUAAAUAACUGUUUAGUAGAUAUCCUGAAAAAUAGAAUUAUAAAACACUAGUGCAAUACAGUAUUGUCAAGUAUAACGUAUAUUAAAAUGCAAGAGUGGUGUCACUCACAAAUCUGGAGUCAUACCCUCAUAUGAAUCAAUGAUGUACGCUUGUGGACCAUUAAAAGGAUGUCCAGAUCCCUCUUCUGUGCAAUGCUCUGUCAUGUUCCACCUUUGACCAGCUCAGGAUAGUGUAGAUGCCAAGUCAGAGAUGUUUCUACCAAAAAAAAGGUGCUUUAUGGUUUAAAAUACACUCAAAUAUAAAAUAAAUAAAAUAUAGUAUACCAGAUCAAGUUCUGGAUCAACUGUAUAGUCCAAACAAAUGUCCAAAGUAUCCAAAACGCGUUUCGCCCGAUAAAACAGGCUUCCUCAGUUGGCUUUGAUGUAUCUCACUGCUUCUUUCCUCUCUUAAAUCGCCCACUAAAUCUGUACUUCCGGAUUCCCCCUCUACUCUCCUUUCACUUCCGGGUUCCGUUUUCGGGCAGUUGGAAUGCAACGUGCGUUCCAUCACUAUGACGUCACUUCCUGGUACUCCUUCCGGAUUCUGCUUACCAACCUCUUGACGCCUCUUCCUCAUGAACCGCCCCUAUAUGAGCCGCUUUUCUAUAUCGGCUAAUUUUUGCGAAAAAACUAUUUAUUACAUGAGCAGUUCUAUGACAUAUUAAAUAUGUACAAUAUAAAAUGCCCAUUAUGUGCAUCUUCACACUUAUUUGUUUAUCUGAGCAAGUUCCAAAGUUCUAAAAAGAGACAUACAUCAAUAUUAAUAAAAUAUCAAUGCAUCAAUGAAUAUUGAUUCUUUUAAAAUAUUCUAGAUAAAAAUUAUAUAUUAAGACAAGGCAAAUAGCAUUAAUACUUUUUUUAAAGAGACAUACAUUAAUUUAUGGCACUCCAGUGCAAUCACAAAAAAAUCAAAAAAUGUUCAUUUCUUAAAACAUUGUAAUAAAAGAAUAAUUCAUUCAGAGGCACACAUAUCCAUUCCCCAAACACAAAUGUAAUAAAACCAGUGUUUUAAAAUAUUCAACUACUGAAACUUAAAGCUAAAAGGAUCAACCUUAUAACACCUAAAGUUCUCAAAAUGUUUAACCAUUGGAGUAUUUAUACAUCUAAAAAAGGUUCAGUUGUUAUUUAUAAAACCUAAAGUGAUAAAAUGUCAUAUUGAAGAAAGUUAAUUCAUAAAAUGGCAUAACUCAAAAUCUUGGUUGAGCCCUUGAGGGGUCAUAGUAUUAAAAUUAAAAAUGAAUAUAAUUUCUUCCAUUCCUAUCUUUUUUUGUGUAAUCCCCUCCUCCCCAAUCCUUUUUUUUUUUAUUUUAUUUUUUUAUAAUUUUUCUUUUUUUUUGCAGUGUGUUUAGAUUGUGCAAACAGGUUUGAGGUGCCCCAAGAGCAGUCCUCAGACAAUUUCCUCACGCAACAUGUGGGACAUAUGAGUAACAUGCACAAUUUUUAAAGUAUAGAGUAAGUGUAUAUAGUAAACAAGCUUGAGCAGUACAGUAGCUAGUCUAUGAUUGAUACAGGUAAUGCUGGUUUGCAACGCUAAUUACUUAGACAGGCUAGUGCUAUUAAAGCAUAAAAUUACAUUCAGGCUAGGUCUCAUGUGAUUACUUUAGAAAAGUUGGCAUUGUCAACAGUAAGGCUAAUUUAACUAAAGCAAAUAGUCACACCGGUUAGUUUAGUAUAUCGAUAGGAAAAAGCUUCAAACAUGUGUGAAUUUAUCCUUCCCAGGUUAACUCCCCGCCAGCUAGAUAAGAGUCAGUGUCUGUGUGCCGUAAGGCUUGCCUAUGAAGUGUAGUGGCUGCAGAGGGACAAAAGCUUGGGAACUGCCAUGUGAGGCACAGUCCAGGCAAGUGGCAGAGUGAUAGUCCCCUUGUGGAGUACUUGCGAAUUAUUGCAGUGUCUGCCUCGGGUGGGAGUUAGAUCCCUGCAGCCAUGUUGUUUUCAGGGUGACCUCGCAGCUGCGGGCUUUCGGUCCGUGUGAGUUGGCUUCCUCGCGGUGCUCUGAGAGGAUCGAUGUGCAGGGCUUCGUCGCUGGAGCCAUGUCUCUCUCUUUGAGGAUCCACUCUGUGAGUGCUUGAGGGUGUGCCUGAGUGGUAGAUCGCUGGUGUCGAUCUCAGCUUUACCGCUGGUAGAAUAAUAGUGGGUGCUGUUCUCUUAAGCUUAGGGGGAUUCCUCACUUUUGAGCAAGCAUCAGCUCAGUCUCUCUGGCAGCUUGCACACAUGGUGGUGGCCAUCUUGUGGACUAGCGCCCGGGUGAUGUUCCCUGCCAGGGUGGUUGAUUAGGCCCAGGUUGGUGCGCUGGUUAGUGAUGCUGCAGACCGGGAUGACCCCCCCGGUCCAGAGAGGGGGGGGACGCGAGCCACCAGCCGGGAGAGCGGCCGUCCCAUCCCGGCUCAAGCUCCAACGAGAUCCGAGCCCAGCCGGGUUACUGUCUGUGCCGGACAGGCUCCCCGUUCUCCCCAGUGACUUGGGGUCUGUGUGGUCGUCGGUGGGGUUGGCCGGUCGCGGUUAACCUCCAAUUUGCUCCGACUUUUAGCCCUGGAGCAGGAGCUCAGACAGAACGUGUCUGAUCCUGUCAGCAGUCAGGCCCUGCCCCCUCCCCCCCUCCCCAAUCCUUUUUAACUAGUUUGAUGGCGCUAAAAAACAUUCCUUUGGGGUUCUGGUUAUGAGCUAUUUUAAAAUGGUUCGAGACACUAUGUGACUCCAAACCAUUCUUUGUUUCUUGUAUGCUUUGCUUAACCUUUCAUAUAGGCAUGUGAUUGUUCUGCCUAUAUAGAGGAUGUUGCUUUGUACUUAGGUGCUCUUUAGAUUUUUUGCUCCCCUAUAGAUAAUUUUAGGUUUCUCAGGUAAGAUGUCUUUAAGAACCGGAUCAUCUCGUAAAAUAUGCCAAUAUUUAUUCAUGAUUUUGUUUACUUUCUUAUGAUUUCCAUUAAGGUUACAAAUAAACGGGAUGUUAUUAUUCCAUUUCUUGUUUUUCUUCUUAUCUUUAUAUAUUAGGAGGUUCUUCCUUGGUAUUGCAAGGACCUCUUCUAAAACUGCCUGAAGUUUAAUUUCAUACCCCUUUUGUAAAAAUUUAGCUUUUAUCCUGCCUGCCUGUGCUAUGUAGUCCUGAUCAUUUGAGCAAUUACGCCUUAUUCUUAAAAACUGCCCUCUGGGGGUGUUUAACAGCCAGGGUGUGUGGUGGCAGCUCUCCUUCCUGAUGUACUCGUUUGCGUCAACUUCUUUAAAAUGAUUCUUCGUCGUGAUGCGUGCCUCAACUAUAUUAAUAUCCAGAUAUAAAAAGUUGAUACCUUCUUUGCUGAUUUGUGCUGAUAAAACAAUGUUCCAUUCAUUAUUUAAAAAUGAAAUAAAAGUAUUCAGAUCUGUACUCGUGCCUGUCCAAAUAAAAAAAUAUAAUCUAUGAAUCGGCAAUAGCACACCAAGUUCGCCCCCCAGGGAUGUCCUUGAUCUACAAAUCGCUCCUCCCAAUACCCCAUAAACAAGUUAGUAUAGCUGGGGGCGAACUUGGUGCCCAUCGCCAUCCUCCAAAUCUGAAGGUAAAAAGUGUUGUGGAACCAAAAAUAAAUGAAUGCCCUCUAAAAUAUAGUCUAUUUGUACUUCUUUAAAAUUGUGUUUCAUUAAAAAAAUAUUGCACAGCUUCUAAUCCUAUUUGGUGCGGUAUAAUGCUGUAGAGGGAAGUCACGUCACACGUGACUAAAAAAUUCCCCUCUUUCCAAGUGACUUCCUCUAUUAAUCUCAAGAUGUGUAUUGUGUCCUUCAAAUAGACAGGAUUGCAGAUAACUACUGGUUGUAACAAAUUGUCUAAGUACUCUGAUACCUUUGCCAAAAUGGAGUCUGUUCCCGAUAUAAUGGGCCGGCCAGGUGGGUUAUUUUUAUUUUUGUGCACCUUGGGGAGGUGGUAAUACACUGGUGUCUUAGGGUAUGGAGUUGAUAGGUGUUUUGCUUCAUCUAUUGUCAAGAUUCCGUUUUCUAAACCCUUCUCGAUAUGGUUGUCAAAUUAUUUCUUGAUAUCUUCAAUGGGAUUCUUGUCGGGGGGAGAGAAUGAUACACAUGGAGGGGCUGAGGUGGGGAAAUGAAACACUUGCAGCGUCUGGGGGAGGGAGUGAGACACAUGGGGGGAUGAGACACAAGGAGGGGCUGUGGGGAGGGAAUGAGACACAUGGGGAAAUGAGUCAGAUGGAGCGGCUGGGCUGAUGAGACACAUAGAGGGGCUGGGAAUGAGAUACAUCGAGGGCUGAGGGGGCACCAGGGCAAUUUUUGCACUGUGGCCCCGUGGUUUCUAGUUACGCCUCUGCAUCAAGUUACUGUUUAAACAUCUAUACAGAUUGAUAAAUCCACCUCUUCAGGCAGAGAAUUCCACACCCUUAUUGUUCUCACUGUGAAAAACGUUUCCUUUGCCUUAGACUACAUCUUCUUUCUUCCCGUCAAAAUGUAUGACCUUGUGUUUUUUGUACAGUAAUAUUUAAGAAUAGAUUUCCAGACUAUGGUUUGUAUUGGCCCCGAAUAUAUUUGUAUAAUGCUAUCAUAUCCCCUCUCAGAUUUAUUCCAUUCUAUUUGUUAAUUUUGAAUCCCUCCUCUGCAGUUUUUCUAGUGCCAUAAUAUCCUUCUUUGGAACAGAUGCCCAUCAUUUACAGCAUAUUCAAGGUGUGGUUUUACCAUUGGUUUUUAAAACAGCAAAAUUAUAUUUAAAUCAAGAGAAUUAAUGCUCCUAUUUAUACAUGACAAUACCUUACUGGCAAUCGCAAUUGCCGACUGACAUUGAACAUUGUUGCCUAGUUUGUUGUCUAUGACAACUCCCAAAUCAUUUUCGUAUGUUGUUAUUCUUAGUUUGCUAACUUUAACCCCUUAGUGACCGUGGAAGUAUUGGGUACGUCUGACCAAAAACGAUCCUUAAGGACCCCGGAUAUACUUGCUAUGUUUGCAAGAAAUAAAAGCGCUGGAAGCGAUCAUGAUCACUUCCAGCAGCUCCAAUGGUAUUGCAGCGAUGCCUCAAUAUUCCCCCUCACUGCUGGGCUGCUGGAGAGGGGGGAGCGAUCACUUCCGGGUUGCUCCACGUGGAGCCCGGCAGUGAGGCAGAGCAUCGGAAGCCAUCAGGCAGGUUUCCGAUACUCUGCCUGUACUGAGUGUCUCGAGGGGUCGGGGCACUCAGUUAAAAUAAAAACUUUAAAAAUUUUUUAAAAUAAAUAAAUAAUAAAAAAUGCAUUAUAUAUGUAUAAUAUAUUAUAAAAUGCUUUAAUUACAAUAUAUUAUACAUAUAUAGGAAAUAAAUGUGUGUAUAUUUGCGUGUAUAUAUACACACACACACACACACGUAUUAUAUGUGUGUGUGUGUGUGUGUGUGUAUAUAUAUAUAUAGUACACACAUAUUUUGUGUGUGUAUGUAUAUGUGUGUGUGUAUGUGUGUGUGUGUGUGUGUGUGUGUGUGUGUGUGUGUGUGUGUGUGUGUGUGUGUGUGUGUGUAUGUAUAUGUAUAUAUAUAUAUAUAUGUGUAAAAAACAGACACAAUUCUUAUCUUGUAAUACCUUUUUUUUAUUGGACUAACAGAAUUUUUUAAUGACAAACUUUUGGGAGAACCUCCCUUUCUCAAGUCUGAAGCAUUUCUGAGCAAAACGACACAUAGUUGUGAUACAGGGGUUAAAGCGACAUGAGUGUAGAUAAGACAUAGGUUUGUUAGAAAAUAGACACCAUCUUAGCAGAGGGUGAUAAAUAUCUUGUUGAAGAGCAGAGUGAGGGGUCUAAUGUGUCCUGAUGAAAGCUCCGAUCGGGAGCUGAAACGUUGACUAUUUUGGAUGUACCAACAAUAAACCGAACUAACAAAACCGAAGACUGCCGGUAAUUUUUUGGAAUUUCUAUAUUAUUGUGACUUGGCACCAGGUAUCUGAUAUUUAUAGUAGGAGUGAAAAAGAUUCAAAAUUUUCUAUAUAUAUAUAAUAUAAAUUGGAAAAAAAAAAAUUUUUUUUUAUGAAAAACAAAUAAAAAUGCUAACUUUGGCCAGCGUAAGUGGCUACUACAAAAGACUGGAAAUACCCUAUUUUGAAUACCCUGGGUUAUCUAUAUUUUAAAAUGGUAUGCCAUGUUGGGGUUAUUUCACAUUCCUGGGCUACCAUAUGGUCUCAAAAGGCAACACAGACCUAGCAAACCAAUCUGGCACACUGAAUUGGGCAAGUCCUAUAUUGACCCUGUAAUGUUCCAAAACACCAUAAAACCUGUAAAUGGGGGGUAUUGGUAUACCCAGGAGACUUCGCUGAACACAAAUAUGAGUGUUUAAAAUAGUAAAACUUAUAACGAAGAUGAAAUCCCCAGUAAAAAUGCAGUUUUUGUGUAAAAAAAAAAAUGAAAAAAACUAAAAUGAACGCUAACUUUGGCAAACGUUUGUGGCUACUAAAAAAGACUGGACAUACACCAUUUUGAAUACCGUGGGUUGUCUACUUUUACAAAUGGUAUGCCAUGAUGAGGUUAAUUUUCAUUCCUGGGCUGCUAUACGGUCUCAAAGGUAACAUAGGCCCAGCAAAUCAAUCUGGCAAAUUUCAAUGUGCAAACAUGGAAAAGGGGAAAGCCCUACAUUUGACCCCUGUAAGUUUGCAAAAGCCCAUAAAACGUGUACAUUGGGGGCACUGUUGUACUCAGGAGAUAUUGCUGAACACAUAUUGGGGUUUCUUUGUCAGUAACACAUAACAGGAACUGAGAAUCCAUGCCUAAAGUACAAUGUGAGAGAAAUAUAGCACAAAAGAAUGACUACCCAAAAGAUUGACAAAGACUGGUGGUAGAAUUAGUCCAUCGAAAGUGUUAAAAUACCACCAUUUGAAAUACCCUAGAGUGUAUACUUUUAAAAAAUAUAUGGUUUGAUGGGACUUCAAAAAUGGACAUGGGUGCAUGAUGACCAGCUGUGAAAAUUCCAAGUUGGAAAACUGGAAUGCGCACCCUUCAAAUAAGGUCCAAAUAAGGUCUUUUAGAACCCGACACACUUGUACAUGGGUGGUAUCACUGUACUCAGGAGAUGUUGCUGAACACAUAUUGGGAUGUUCUUUGGCAGUAACCUUUAAAGUUCUCCAUACAUGUAUUCUUAAAUUGCUAUGUGUGUCCAAAAAAUUACCAAUUAUUAUUAUUUUUUUUCAAUUUGGCAUAGAUUGGUGGUAAAAUGGUUGUAUAAAAAGAGUCAAAAUACCCCAAGUUUAAUUUCUUUGUUUUCUUUUAAAAAAUAUAUACACGUGAAGGGUUAUUCAGUGAUUCCUGACAGAUAGUGUUACAGUGUUGUAAUUUUUCAUUCAUUUGUAUGUGUUUAGUGGAUAAAGAUUUUUAUUUAUUUGUCACCAUAUGUUUCAGGGCUUAUUUCAUUUGAGGAAUUCAAACACACUUGGAAACUACUAAGCUCUCACUUAAACAUAGAAGUCAGUGACGAGGCAAUCUGUAACAUGGCUCGAAGUAUCGAUUUCAACAAGGAUGGAAAUAUUGAUAUUAAUGAGUUUCUGGAAGCCUUUCGAUUAGUUGAUAAACCUCAUGUUGAAGGUUUAGGAACAGACGUUUAGAAUGCAGCUAAGAAUUGCAUGCCAUGUAUUUCCAAGCCAACAUUAAGCAACUGUGAAGAGCAUAUGAACUAUUAACUCUGAAUGCUCAAAGCACAAGUAAUGUUGAAUGGAUCAACAACUUAUGUCCGUGGCAAAAACACUCCAAAACCUGGAUAAGAACAUGUUAAAUGAAUCAUUUACAUGUAGAGAUGUAUUCAGAAUGCCAGUAUAUAUAAAUGUAUGUAUAUGUUUGUACCUGAAAAUGCCAUAAUGCUUUUUCUGUAAUAGGACUAUACAUGUAAGCAGUGCUUUGUAACACAGCUCAUGGUGCAAGAUAGAAAAUAAAUAAAGGUGCUACAGUAUGAUGACAGAUUAACCAAAAUAUAUUUUAUGUGAUCUGUACUCAGUGAGUGCCAUAUGCACAGCUCUCGGAGUACUAAUUAAAGCUAAAUUUAAGCGUGUUCAAGUUAUUCCUAUUUAACAGAAGAAUGUGUUAAAAUGCCAACUUAGUGUUUUAGUG